AUGAUUGAUGGGAACGCUUCAUCGGUUGGGUUCCAGUCUGUUGCACAGACCGUAAAACUUUCGAGGGAAAACACUGAAAGCUUCAACACCUUGGCACCUUUGAUUAUUUAUUUAUAACCCCGGCAGCAACUCUCCGAGCAUUCCUUUUGGAGUUAUGCCCCGCGGAACUCAAGAGGGAAUCACUUUCUCAUCAAGCCCACGCAGAACCCGGCUUUACAAGCCUGUGGAAAAAGCUCGAGCAGAGAUGCUGCGAGAAGCCGGCGGCUUGCCCGCUUGGCAAGGGCCGGCGCGUCUUUCCGCGCAGCGCAGGGCAACGCUGUCGGGGCGCGCGGGCCGGCGAGAACUUGGCGCCGGGAGGAGUUGGGCGCGCUCUCUCCAAGAACCCACCUCCGGCCGCGCAAGAUCCGCCGCGCAGGGUCCGCCGCCGCCGCGCGCCCUGGCGCACUCGCCCUCGGCCUGCAGGGUGCAGGCGUUAGCCAAGGCGGCGGCGGCGGCUGUGGGGAGGAGGAGGAGAGGAGGAGGAGGAGGAGGAGCCAGGCCGGCCUCCUUCCCUUCGGCUCUCGAGUCCAUUUCCCCAGCUCGAGUGACACAAACACGCCAGGCGAGCGCCGCCGCUGCCCAAGCCAGGAUCUUACAAACCCCUCUCCGCCGCCGCCGUCCCUGCCGCCGCCUUCGCCUUCCCCGCUCCGGGCCCGUCUUCUCGCAGGCGCGCCGAGCAGCCGAGCCGAUCCCCUCCCCGGGGGCUGCACCGAAAGAAGCGCGCGGGGAAACCCCAGCUUGCAAGCAAGGCGAGGGGAAGGGGAGGGGGGCACGACGCCAGCUUCCUGCUUGCAAAGAAGGGGGGCGGGGGGAGAGAGAGAAGAAGAAGACGAAGAAGAAGACGAGGAGAAGCGGCGGCGGCAGCAGCAGCAGCAACCCGAGGUAGGUUACAGGGGGCCGAGAGAGGAGGAGAAGGGGAUGGCGCGUUUCCGAGGAUCCUCUUUGGGGAGGGGUGGUGGUGGUUUCCUUCCUUCCUUCGCGUUCCUGAACCCCAAUAUGUCUUCCGUUCCCGGCCCCCCACCCUCUCCCAGCUGUCUCCACCCUGCGCUCCCCGUCCCAUCGCAGCUGUUCCUGUCACUGCCAACGUUGCAAAUCUAAAGGAGAUCGGGCAGGGGUGGUGGGAAAAAGGUGGAACAGCCCCCCCCACUUUCCAUAUAGGGAUUUUUUUUUGGUCUCUGGAAUCUUGUGGAGCGCAAUGUUUUCUCGUCUCUCUUCCACCACCCCCCUUCUCGUUUAAUCUCAUCACUUACUCUUCUCCACCCCGCAUCUUCUCUCCUCCCCCAUCGGGUUUGGCACUAUAUAUAUAUAUAUAUAUAUAUAUAUAUAUGCGUGCCAUAUAUGUGUGUGCAUGUGUGGCACGCACAGACACAUAUAUAUACUGUCUUUUCCCCAGCAAUGGAGAGGAGAGUGCUUUUAAGGAGAGAGGGAAGAAAAAGGGACACACACACACUUCCUUUAACAUUUUUUUGCUCGUUUGUUUACUACCCUCAUCAAGAGCUUUGUGCCAACUUGGGGUUUGCAGUAAUUUUUCCCAUGCAGAAAUAAGAGGUUGGAAUUGGAGUGAUUCCCCGCGAAAGCGAAAAUCUCUAUAAUGUACCCCAGUAAUCAAGAUUAUGUGUUCUGCAACUUAACUAGGAGAUAAAGCAGCUAUUUGGGUUGGAUUGAUAUAUAUAUCUUUCUUUUUUUUCUUGUGUGAAUCCAGUACCUGGCACUAUUGGUGCCUCGGAUUCUAAUCCCGAGUAGGUUUAUGUUUUUCUUAUUUCAUUUUACUUGUUAUAUUUAACUCUUUUUUAAAAAAUGGUUUGCAAAGGCCACAGCUAGGAAAGUAGUUUUGACAUUCACUUUGGGGUGGAGGAGUUUGGAGAGGGGAUGGCGUUUUAUUUUCUAUUGGCGUUUAAAGGGGGGCAAAUAUGGGUAAAUAUUUUCUUAAAAAAUAAGGACGUUUGGCAUGUGGCUGGCCGAUCACAAGUCUGGGGGGGCUGUAGGGGGGACUGCGUAGUGUUUGUUUCACAUUGGCAGCAGGGCCCAUUUUCUGGUUGAGCUGGAUUUAACUUUGCAUGUUGCAGUCCUUCUUGCCCCCCUCCCCCCAAAAAAUAUGGGAGGGGAAGGGUCGGAGGGGUGAGUGAUGAGUUCCCCCUCUUGGCUUGAUCAGAGAGAGGGGGGAAGAAGGGGGUUACUUUGGGUUGAAAGGGACCCAUGCAGCAGGGAGCCUGUCCUUGAAGGAAGGGGGGUCCUGAGGGUCGACGCUGAUCCUCAGUUCUGUGGUCGUGGUGACAGCUGUCCAUGAUGGGACAUGACUGGGGGGGCGGGUUUAAUCCUUGCUGCUAAUGCAUCCUGGUUCUUAAAAAUCAAAAGCCUUGAGAUGUGUGUCUGCAAAAGCUUCUCACCCCCAGCUCUCUGUGACAUAUUUUAUUUAAAUGUGAAAAUGGAGACAGCGGUGGUGGCAGUGUGUGCUGGGUGCAGGAUAGCUCCGAUAUGCUGCUGUGGCCUGGAAUUGUGCCCCUGUUUUUAUGUCCAUGGCAGCCCAGACAGCAUGCAAGUUUUUGCACGCAUCUGGCCCGAGGGGGGAACUGCAAACGCUGCCUCCGCCACUGCUGCUGUGCAAGGAGGUGCUGCUGUGCUCUGCCCCUCCCUCUUCUCAGACUUGGACUUGCUGUUUGUAUAUGUAUAUAUAUUUAAUUGCAGCAAAAGCUCCCCACUUCCACACAUUUUGCUUGCUGGUGCCUGUUAAGGUGGGGUGCAGGAUGCAAAGGAAGGGGGAGGAAGAGGGGCCUGCCCUUUGACACUAGGCUGUCCCUAGAAGGCUGUCCCUUACUGUGGGUCAACAAGAGGUGACAGGGUCAAGCCAGGCACCUUUCAGCCCCUUUCCCCUGAAAAUGUGGGGCACAGGGGGUUUUUUGGGUGGGGGAGAGGAGGGGGCAGGUGUGCUGAAUGCAAAAGGUGGCUUGGUUAGGUGGAGAGUUCAGUCUGCCUCUCAGGUCGGACCUUGUUUCUUUCUGCGUGGGUCCAGUGCUCUCUGUCUGGAUGUGUGCAUGUGCGACCCACUCCACUCCCUCUGGACCUGUGUCCCUCUCUUCUUUCACUAGCCUUUGGCUCCCACUCUGACCCCCAUGUAGGGAUCUCCCUAUGCCCGCCUUUAGCUGCCUUGCCCUGCCAUAUCACCAUGCAAUAUUAAUUGUCACAUUACCUCCCUUUGGAGAGCGAGAUGACUUUUGCUCUGUGUAUGGGGAGCGGGGAGGGUGGUAUCAAAGUCACCUUUUACUGCGGGGGGUGGGGAGGCGCAACUGUGCCUUUUCUUUCUUUAAAGAAAGAAAUUAUAUAGCUAGUAGGUUUUGAAGGAAGUUACAAGUGUUAGUUGCAUGUUGGUAGUGGGUAAAAGGGCAAAGGUCGUGACCUGGAGAGCAACUUCAGCCUUGCCCAUCCUAAAGGAGCUUAUGCGGCCUGUAAGCAAUGGAGGGGUGAGCGCAGGCCAGGCAAUGUGACUUGUCCAAAGUCGGAGGUCAAAGCUGGGAAUCCAACCCAUAAAUCCUUUAUUUUCCUGCGAGAGCAGAGUUUUGUCAACAUCGCAAGGAGCUUAGGGCAGACUUGGGGCGUUUUCCUCCGUCAGUACACUGAAAGUCCUUCACUGUCGUCGUCCCGUCCUGUGUCUCCCCCCUCCCUGCAUUCCCUACCCUUAUAAAACGUUACAGUAAAUAUUUUAAAAUUUGAAAUGUCCCUCUUUGCCUUUGUAUAUCACAAUGGCACCAUUUGUGCAUUUAAAAGACUGAAGAGGAAGUUGUAAGGGUCUUUUGGUAACACAUGUGAAAACACCCCUGCUGGAUUUGAAGUGUGUGUGUGUGUGUGUGUGUGUGUGUGUGUGUGUUACACAUGUCCCCCUACACACACACACACACACACACACACACACACACACACGGAGGACCUGUAAAUUCCCUUAUUCCCAGGCAACUGGGGCUUGGCAAAAGCAUCAGAAUGUAUUGUCCCUGCUGUUGGCUAAGGAAAGGAGAGAGAGGACACUGCUUUUCAAGUAUCCUUUCAGUUUUUCAAGAGAGAGAGAGAGAGAGAGAGAGAGAGAGAGAGAGAAAGGUGCUGUGCUGUCCAGCUUUGGAAGCCCUUCCGUCCCAGUUCCAGAGGCGUGGAAGAAGCAAACUGUGAUUACUCUACAGUGGUAGGAAAUACACUUUGUGUGUGCUCAGAUAUGCUGUCCUUUGCAUCAGAUAACAGGUUCCUGGCUCUGGUGACUUGUAUUUGUAGAUGGAACAUUUUUGGUUGGUACUGGAAUGUAAGUAAGGGGCGCUUGUCCUGAAGGUGGGGCUGUGUGUGUGUGUGAGAGAGAGAGAGAAUAUAUCUGAUAGGGCGAAUGGGUGCUCUGCUCUGCUAUGGCUGUGCCCAGGCAAUGUUUCGUAGGAGCCCAGAGGUGCCACUGUGGGGAAUAAUCUGCAGUGGGCAGCUCAAGGGCAGCAUUCUGGUUGCAAGCCUGAACUGCCUGUACGAUAUGUGGGUGAUUGUGCUUUUGUCGGAAGCUUCCUGACAACAACCAAACAGGUUUCCCUACCUGUAAACAUUAUUAGCUAUGUAAAUAAUUAUUAGCAGACGGGUGCCCACACUCGCGUGGUACGCCUCGGACUUGGUGGCAGCACCGUUAGCCAAUGCUGUGUGCCGUGGCUUCCGGCUGGUGAAUGCUACAAUGCUGGUUUGACCUUUGGUUGGGAUGACUCUGGGGGAUACCCUUCCCCUGGGACCACUGCUGAUUCUCCAUUCCGUAUUGACAAGUUGCUGCUGCCAUUGCAGAGAACAGAGCAGACUGCAGGGUGAUAUGCUGGGUUUGCUUACCCACUCGAGCAUUUGCUUCUAGGGUUAAUCUUCCAUCGUUCAUUUCCCUUCUUGCUCAGAGACAUCCCAGGCCAGUCUGUUUACCGUCACAGAUUACUGGAUUAUUUUUCAUUGUAAACAUUUCUUUACGUUAACGUGAUUGCAUGCACCCCCCCCCUAAACCCAACACUUGCAUAUAUUGGAGGUGCUUAUGUGUAUCUUUUAGAGGUGUGCACUGGUGUCUGGUCUGCGCAUUGUACGGGUUUGCUGCGCAAGGGUGUGUAUGGACUCGGUUGUGCAGUGUGCCCAAGCUUCUUGCUUGCUGUAUAUGCAGGAAGUAUAAUAUUUGCACGUGCCUUGUAGGAAUACAGUACCUAUAUACAUUUGCUCACAAGUGUGCAAUUAUACAUACAGUUAGCACUCAGCUUGCAUGACCACCCAAGCAGUUGUGGGGGAUAUACCUAUGAGGAGGCUUGGCCAAUAGAUAAUACCUUGCUUGGAGCCAUUUGGUGAAUUUCAUGGUCGGGUAAGGGUGUUGCAUCUGUCCCUGGUGCAUUUGACACAGUAGUCUUUCCAUUGCACCACACUGGUUCUUGUGUAGCAACAGCAGCAAAGGCUGACCUUUUACACAGUAUGGCUGUCUGAGUUUCACUGCUGCAGUGGAGGAGGCCCUGGAAGUGCUCAGCCAGCGUUAGUGGCACUAUGCUCUGGUGCCAGAAACCAAGGACACAUGGUCUCUUAGCAGGAAACCCAGGCAUGGCAGACUCUGCUCAAAGAUUAGAGAUCUUGGGUCCCAGGAACGGGCAGAACACUGCCAGAGAAAUAGCCACUCUUUGCAAACUUUCAACAAAGUUAAAUGCCCACUAAUAAAACAAUUUCCAACAGUGUUUUGCUGUGCCUAGAAACAUGUUAUUGGGAGCUGGAAAAGCUGUGCCUUAAAAAAAAAAGUCCAUAUGCACAUUGGUUUUCCGAGCUGCGGACUAAAAAGCUGACAUUUCCAAGGGCAUUCAGAAAACGCCAGAGUGCAGAAACUGUGAGUUGUGUGUUUUCGUAACCACGGUGUGUAGCGGCUGUGUUUGGUAGGGGAGGUUGAUGCCAAGAAGGUUAUAAAAUAAGAGGUGCUGGAGCUCAGACCUAGGUGGGAACCAUCUAUUUAAUCCCAGAAGUUGUGACGAUUCAGUAAUGAGGGAAACACUCUGCACAUGCCCAUAGGCAUUCUUUCCCCUACUAUGUUCCAGGCGAAUGUUGGUAUUCAAAUCUAGAGGUUUUGUGCUACAGCAGCGAGAUCUGAGGGUUUGUUUCUUUCUCACUGCCACUGGUGUUGGUGGUGGAGUGCGUUGUUAUAAUAAUACGCUGAAAGAUGUAAUGCUCUGUCUAAAUUGUAAGUGCGACGUGCGUAUUUAUCUCGGUAAUCCUUACAACAAACUUGUCAAGAAGACCGGUGGUGGUAUUAGGCUGAGACACAGUGGCAUGCUUAGGACAAUCUAGCGAGCAGUUUGUGACAGAAGCGAGAUCCUCCGAUAACGUGACAACAGCUUAUUAAUGCCCUCUCUGCCAAAAGUUUCCCUUGGGGAAUCAGAACUCCCUGGUUAGAUGCUGCAAUUUCUCCUUUUGGCCCAUAUUUGCACCGUCACUUUUCCUCUGCUUCUGGCAGGUAGCAGCAGCUGAACGCUGCACGCCCAUAAGCCACCCCUUUGGUGAAAAGCAGCUCUCGGUCCCUGCAAGGCGUCAGGGAAGGGCAAACCCUGCUGGAAGGAAGCCACACGAGAAGCUGGUCUGGGGAGAACUUGUUGAUCAGACACGAGCCAAGCAGACUCGCCCCUCCCCUGUUGCUGUGGCCUAGCACGUCUUCAGGCAGUUUGCCGUCAAGUUACAGUACAGUAUAGGCCACCCUGGCCGGGUCUUCUGAGGCACGCAGGUCUGCCGCCGCUUGGCCAGGCCGCUGCUUUUUCUCUUUCCAAAUUCCCUCUUGCGUCCCGAAGGAAGAUGUGGAAGUGGAGCAGAGUUCACCACGCCUGGCAGGAGCAGGUGGAGUUGCUGUGUGAGGGUGGCGGUGGGUGGAGGGUAUGUCAGCUGAAACCCACGUGGAGAGUCUCUUCCCCUGACAGUUUUGAUAUAAAUGGUUGAUUCAAAGGGGCGGGGUGGGGAAGAUGGGGAGAAAACAGGCCCAGCUCCACUGGGCAGAAAUGCUGUUUCUGAGGCCACUACAGAGGCCUCCUCUGAUUGAGGCCUUAAAGAUUCCCUCAAAUAUCUCCCUAGGAAAGGGGCAAAAAUGGCAUAGCCAUGAAAAAAGUAGAAAAGGAGCCGGGGUGGGGUGGGUAGUGAAGUUUUGGCUGAAUAUUGUCACUGUUACCUGUAUUCCAUCAUUUAUCCUUCCUCUUGGUUUUAAUGUAUCUCCGUGGAGUUUCGUUGUCUGCUUGUUUGGUUCCAAGUUGCUAUUGGAUGCCUUGGGCAAGACAAAGCAGCUAAAAAGGUAAAAAGGUAAAGGACCCCUGACGAUUAAGUCCAGUCAAAGGCGGCUAUGGGGUUGCGGUGCUCAUCUCGCUUUCAGGCCGAGGGAGCCGGUGUUUGUCCACAGACAGCUUUCUGGGUCAUGUGGCCAGCAGGACUAAACAGCUUCUGGCACAACGGAACACCGUGACGGAAGCCAGAGCACACGGAAACACUAUUUACCUUCCCGCUGCAGCAGUACCUGUGUAUCUACUUGCACUGGCGUGCUUUCAAACUGCUAGGUUGGCAGCAGCUGGGACAGAGCAAUGAGAGCUCCCCCCGUUGCAGGGAUUUGAACCGUCGAGCUUCCGAUCGGCAAGCCCAAGGGGUUCAGUGGUUUAGACCACAGCGCCACCCGCAAAUUUAAUUAAUUAAUAAUAAUGAUCAUUUGUUCACCUUUGAGGACUUUGCCUCCCAUCAGCUAUGGGAGUUCUCUCAGGCUCUUGUCUGUUUCUCCAUUUUUAGACUACAGCCAGGGAUAGUUUUGCGGACAUACAAAUUGGUCCUGAGGGGCUUUGACCUGGGCACUGGUGUUGUAGCUGUUUCUAAAUGUACUGGGAAAUCUGAACAGGUGGGAGAUUUGAUAGGUGAGUGGUUGUUGCAUUGGAAUUUUAUUUUUGUUGAGUUUUAUUAUUGCCAUAAAAAAAUUGUUCUUUGAAUUGCAUAUUGAAAAGAGGAAAACUGCACACUGAACAUCUCCCCUUGCAUCGGCAUUUCUGUUAAUGCUCAGCCUUUGGCCUUGAAGAUACGGCUUUGUCCAAGUCAGGUUACCUGGAAUUUAGAGAGGGGACAGUUGCCUUCUUUCUGUCCUUGGCCGUUCAGUUGACUUGUUUGAAUCUGCAUGGAGCUUCCUCCCAGGCCACUGCCACAAAUGCCUCUUCUGUAGUGCCUCUGCUCUCUUUUUGCACAUGGGGAUUUCAGCCUUGUGGAUUAAUGAGCAGAUGCAGUGGUGGUGGCGAAAAAUUAUCAUGAUUAGAGUACAUUGCAAUUUUUUAGAACAGCAACAACAAACACUUCUCAUUUUUCCAGUAAUGGCGCUGUGUUUAAAAUGAAAUGAAGAUGGUAAGGUAUGGAAAGCUAACAUAUGCUUCAGUGUUAGUAUGGGGAUACUGCUAGGAGUUUGAAAAAUAUUCAGACGCAGUUAUCAGAAUGCUGUCGAAAGCAUUAAGGGGCAGUACUUAAUUGUUGGAAACAGAGGUGACCAGGCUUGGACCUGCAUUGGGAGCCUGCCGGCUGCCUUAGAUUUAAGACUGCUUCCUUAAUUCCAGAUGCGAUGGAAUUUGCUCAAUAAAGAGGGGAAAUUAGUCUGUGCAUGCUCAGAGGUUCAUUAUCCUGUAUAUCAGGGAUGGGCAACUGUGGUCCUUCAGAUGUUACUGAAGUCCAGCUGAAAGAUUAAAACAAAAUCCUUAGAAACAGCCCAUAAGGAGAAGGAACUCUAAACAGCCCACUGUGAACUGAGCAUGCUCCGUGGCUGUGGAAUACAGUCCUUUUGCUGAUGGUGAGGAGUGGAAGCCUUGAUCUGUGGCAGAGAGAUGUGCAGUAGAAUGAAAUGGAGUACUGUAUCCUGAGAUGUGCAAUGGGAGUACUAUAUCCUGAAAGAGUGGUUGUGACCCUGAAGAGGAGCACUCCACACUGCAAUGCUUUGUUGAAGAUUACAGUGGUGCCUCGCAAGACAAAAUUAAUUCGUUCCGCGAGUUUUGUCGUCUUGCGAUUUUUUUCGUCUUGCGAAGCACGGUGUCGGGAAAGUUUUGGAAAAGCUUCAAAAAUCACCAAAGUCUUUAAAAACCUCAAAAAAAGGCUACCACAUCGCGUUCUAUGAGUUGCUCCUCGAAGUCAAGUCGCAACUGUAUUAAAGGUGUUAAGAAAAAGGAAACAAACUUGCAAGACGUUUCCGUCUUGCGAAGCAAGCCCAUAGGGAAAAUCGUCUUGCGAAGCAGCUCAAAAAACAAAAAACCCUUUCGUCUAGCGAGUUUUUUAUCUUGCGAGGCAUUCGUCUUGCGAGGUACCACUGUACAUUUAGAACAGAACAUUGUUUUGUUAUCUUUGUCUUUUAAUGAAUGAGGCGGGACCGUCAAGAGGUGGCCAACGGAGAAGGAGACUUCAAGGCCAACGAAACCUGAACAUUUAUUUCUUGUUUCUAUUUACAUUUCCCUCGUCUCAUGGUUUCUAUCGAGGCACAUUUAUUGUAAGCUGCAAAAGGAGCCAUAGUUGACUUUCUAUGCUAAAUGCAUGUUGGGGAAGGGGUAUAGCAUGUUGCAUGGUUUCUCUCUCUUGCCCAUCCUAAUAUUUUGCGUCUGCGCUGGUCUCUAGCCUAGUCUCUAGUUGGUACGAUAAAGCCUUAUGGGUCCCCACCCAGAACAAUUCACCUAAGCACCUAGUUUUGAUUUUUUUUAAACACUUUUUAAAUAACUUGGGGGGAAGGCGGGAAGAGACUGUGCUAAGACACCUUUGAAAUUCCAAUGUUUCUGCACAGUUUCUUAAAGUAGAAGAUGCUGCCUAGGAACCCUUGAGGUCUGUGAUGGAAGAAAAGUGAUAAAUAUAUAAGAAAAAAUGAAAUAGUGCUAUAAUAGUGCUGAUGCAAAAGGAAACACACACACACACACACAGUUAAAAUCAGUGUUCAGAUUUUCUAAAAUGCUUGUCAGAGUAGGUGCUAUUCUGAAUAUAUUUUAAUAAUUUUAAAUAUAUAUAUAAAAGGUGCAAAUUAAAAGAUUGUUUUGAAAGGGGGACUGAACUGGCACUGGCGGGCAAACGAAGUGUGUGCCAGUGAAGUUGUGCCAGAUUCUAAAGGUGUGUCAAUAGAUGCACCCACUGGAUAGGUUGCUGCACUGGUCAAAGCCACAGCUGAAAGAGCAACACCAAGCUGGGACUGCCCUACUAUUGCAACUUUUUUUUAUUUUUAUUGAGGGUGGCAGCGGGGGGAGGACAGAUUUUGUGAAGUUACAAAUAAGACAGAAGAACCUUACAGGGUUGGGGAAAGCAAACUGAUAUGAUAUCAUGCCGGUGCCCUGUAAAAAGUGAGUGGACAAAGGAUAGCUGUCCCACAGUAGAUUCCUAACACUCUUUUAUUCCUAUUUUACAGAGAAGGGGCUGGGAGACGGUGAGCUGUCCUAGGCUACAGCACUAUGAAGGCAUUGCUAAACAAGGCCCUAGACUUUUAUACAAGGCCUUUCAGAUAUGAAUCCAGUUCUCUGUUCGGUUAUAUGGCUUUGAUGGACAGUUAAAGUGGUUCACACUUGUCAGCGAUCUCUGCCUGAACACCAGCUCUCUGUGCUUUAUUGUGGAGGCUGUAUAUGCAGCUGCCGCAACGUGAGAUAUCUCAAAAAAGGUGCUGCCACAAUCCGUGUUAAUCGCAAUAUGCCUCCGGUGCAUCUCCCAUAUAGUCAUACCUUGGAAGUAGGACAGAAUCCGUUCCGGAAUUCUGUUUGACUUCUAAAACGUUCGAAAACCGAAUCACGACUUCUGCUUGGCUGCAGAAAGCUCCUGCAGCCAAUCAGAAGCCGCGGAAGCCCCGUCGGAUGUUUGGGUUCCCAAAUAAUGUUUGCAAACCGGAACAAUGACUUCUGGGUUUGCGGCGUUUGGGAGCCAAAACGUCUGAGUUCCAGGGCGUUUGAUAACCAAGGUACGACUGUAUAGAGACCCCAGUUCACACGAACUGCAUUUCCAGGCGAAUUCAGCCUGGGGCAGAGUUGCACUUCCUAUUUAUAUCUCCACCAGAGAACGAGCGCAAGGGAGGAACUCUGCAGAAGUGGUAUGUUACUUCACAAGGGCAUAGCCCUGGUAGGCUGCCUACAAAUCUCUUAAACAAACAAACAAGUAAAUAAUACGAAGCGGCCUUUAAUCUUUUCCCAAACUGCAAUGCUACAGGUUUGCAACCCCCAAUAACUGGGCUCUAAGCCAUUCUUGUUCUAACCUUGUGGGCAUUUAGAAAAACACCAGAAUGUGGGCUCCCAGAUCCUUUCCUAAAGCUUAUUAACCUGUUAAACCCAGUUUGGCUUUCCACAUCUAUUGGGUCGGGAAGCAAAAAAUUGUGGAUUCUUGGCUCCUGUGCACCAAGAAAUAUGCUGCGGGGUGCAAAUGAGUUGUAUCCAACUUAAGUUGUGUUCGAUGAGUAGACCUUUCAGAAUUAAUGAACCUAAUUUUGUUAUGUUAAUGAACUUCAGCGGGUCUACUCUGAGUAGGGCUAGUAUUGGAUACAACAAGGCUAAGGCUUUUUGAAAUAUUUAUUGUUCCGCUUGGUACAUUAAAAACACAGAUGUCUGGGCAUUUUUAAAUGAAGACUAAAACUUGGGGCUGUGAGGUGAUUCAGGGAGCCAGGAUAACAGAGCAGAGCGACUUGGCGGUUUGAGCAUAUUACACGGCUCCAGGCCCAACUGCAAUGGCUGUCAACCGGUUUCCGGGCCCAAUUCAAAGUGCUGUUGUUGUUGUUGUUUUGACCUAUAAAGCCUUAAAUGGCUCAGGACUGCAAUACCUCAAGGACCACCUCUCCCCAUAUAAACUGACCUGGUCUCUGUGAUCAUCAUCUGAGACCCUUCUUCGUGUGCCUCAUCCAGGAGAGGUCAGGAAAGUGGCAACAGGAGAACAGGCCUUUUCUGCAGCAGCUCCCAUUUGUGGAAUGCUCUCCCCAGGGAGGACUGACUGGUACCUUCAUUAUACAUAUUUAGGUGCCAGGCGAAAACAUUCCUCUUCAACCAGUUCUUUGGCUGAUUAAUAUCCCACAACCUUUUCAAUGUGUUUGUGGGAGAGCAGUUGUUUUGUUUUGUUUUGUUUUGUUGAAACUAUUUAUUUUGUGUUCUUAUCCUGUAUUUUAACUUGUGAACUGCCCUGAGAUCUUUGGAUGAAGGGCGAUAUAUAAAUUUAAUUAAUAAAUUAGCAAUAAAGACAGGUUGCAUGCAAACACAUUUAUUGAAGGGUGCCUUAUUCCACCAGGCUUUUGAGAUCUGACGGCUUUUAAUGAAAGGGCUGGUGCCAUGCUGUUUUUAUUUGUAUGUUUUUAAUAGUUCUCACCUUUAUAUUUGUAUUAAUGUUCAAUUGUUCUUUCACGAUAUUUCCCCCCCCCCCCUAUGCUUUUAAUUGUUCUUAUUUUAUCCGUAAGCCGCCAAGGGUCCCUGUCAGGGGAAAAGGCAGCUUAUAAAAAAAGUAUGUUAUAAUAAUAAUAAUAGCACUAGUAAAUGUACGGCUUUUAAGAAACAAAAGAACAACAGUUUUGAGAGGCUGCAGUUUUGAGCAAUGAGGAAGCAGAGGCGGUGCUCCCUAUCUGCUCUCCCUGCUCCACCCUGCACAACUGAAGGUGAUUUUGAGUGGGAAAACAGCCGGUGGGGAAAGGAUUAAGUGCCCCCCUCCCUCUGCUUUUCUGCUCUCAAUUCCCUAAGUGGAAUAACCCCUAAGUGGGAAAGGGAGGUUGGAUCAGCCUGUAAGAGACAGAUUAAGGGUGAAGACAGGAGGAGCUUGUCUGCGAUUGUGUCAUGAAAGUAGAAUGUACAGCUGCUGACAGAAAAUCUACUGGCUUGUCAUGAAUGUGGCAAGCUUAUAUUGUAGGCUCCUCAUGGCAGGGACCUGCCUGUGUGUCUUUUGUUUUGCCUGUGGUAUUAUGCAAUAGGCUACAUACACAGGUAGCCCUGUAUUGAAACACAUUCCUGUGUUUAUCUUUCAAAAGUCACGCUUCUAGUCCCCUUGAAAAAAACAGAAAGCCUGCCUGCAGUUUCCACGUCUCGGCAACAAAUCUAGCCUCCCUGGGAAAUGCUAGGUAUCAGGAGUCUCAGUCAGUACAAUCUUUAAAUCCUUUGCUGUUCUCGCAGCCGUCCAAUCAGCUUCUGACUCUCUCAUUCCUCUGUGACCUGUUCCCCCUCCUUACUCUGCUAACUAGGCAGGCUGUGUUGGCAGUUGGAUCCAGCGGCUAGAAUUAAAGCUGCAUUUGAAGGAUGGCGUAGCUUUGUUUCCAUAUGCUCAUCUGUUAGUGAUAGUUGGAGGGGUUUCCUGAGUGGACCGCAGUCCUCUUGUCUUCUGACGGUCUUGCAUAUCCGCUCUUCUGCGCUUUCAUGUCAGGACUGGGAUCAAGCUUCGUGACAGGAAAAGGCCAUAGCUCAGCAGUAAAGCAGAACGCCCCACGUUCAAUCCCUGACAUCUAAAGUUCGGACUUAGAAUGUCUCCUGUCUGAAACUCUAGAUAGACAGUACUGAGCUAGAUGGACCGAUUGGUCUCACAUGGAAGAUGGAGUAUGUUUGUUUUUUCCUGCUCCGGAGGGUAGGAUCUGAAGGAGCGCCUCCACCCCCAUCAUCCAGCCUGGACACUGAGAUCCAGCUCUGAUGGUUUCUGGUGGUUCCCUCCUUGCGAGAGGUGAGGUUACAGGGAACCAGGCAGAGGGCCUUUUUGGUAUUUGCACCCACUCUGUGGAACAUCCUCUGAGCAGAUGUCAAACAGAUAAACAACUAUGUGAUUUUUAAAAGACAUCUGGAGGGAAGUUUUUAGUGUGUGAUGUUAUGUUGUGCUUUGGGUCUCUCUUUUUUUGUUGGGAGUCACUCAGAGUGGCUGGGGCAACCCAGUCAGAUUAUUAUUAUUAUUAAUUGAAUUUAUAUAUCGCCCUAUACCUGGAGGUCUCAGGGCGGCUCACAGAAUAAAAUCGAAAUAUAAAACCACAAAAUACAUAAUCAAAAUAAAAAACAAAAACCCAAUAACCCCCCAAAAAACCCCACAUUUUAAAAAGGCAUAGAAUAUCAAUCAAAUCAACCAAUAGCCUGGUUAAAAAGGAACGUUUUUGCUUGGUGCCUAAAGGUGUAUAAUGAAGGCGCCAGGCAAACUUCCCUGGGGAGAGCAUUCCACAGAUGGGGUGCCACUGCAGAGAAGGCCCCGUUCUCGUGUUGUCACCCUCCAGACCUCUCAAGGAGGAGGCACACAAAGAAGGGCCUCAGAAGAUUAUCUCAGGGUCUGGGUAGGUUCAUAUGGAAAGAGGCAGUCUGUGAGGUAUUGCGGUCCUGAGCCGUUUAAGGUUUUCUAGGUCAAAACCAGCACUUUGAAUUGGGCCCGCAAACUAAUUGGUAGCCAGUGCAGUCGGACCAGGAUUGGUGUAAUAUGCUCAAACCAUCUUGCUCCAGUGAGCAUCCUGGCCGCUGAAUUCUGCAUUAGCUGAAGUUUCUGAACCAUCUUCAAAGGCUGCCUACGUAUAACACAUUGCAGUAAUCUAACCUUGAGGUUACCAGAGCAUGGACAACAGUAGUUAGGCUAUCCCUGUCCAGAUAGGGGUGUAGCUGGGCCACCAGCUGAAGCUGAUGGAAGGCACUCCGGGCCACUGAGACCACCUGAGCAAAGGAUCCAGUAGUAUCCCCAAACUACAAACCUGCUCCUUCAGAGGAAGUGUAACCCCAUCAAGAGCAAGCGAUCGCCCAUCCAUCCAGUCUAGCAAUCUACCCACUAACAGUGCCUUGGUCCUGUCUGGAUUGAGUUUCAGUUUGUUGGUUCUCAUCCAGUCCAUUACUGAGGCAAGACACUGGCCCAGCAGUUCCACUUCCUUACCUGCAGAUAUAAAGGAUAAAUAGAGCUGAGUUUCAUCAGCAUACUGCUGACAACGUACUCCAAACCUCCAAAUAACCCCACCCAGCAGUUUCAUGUAGAUGUUAAACAACACAGGAGAUAGGAUUGAGCCCUGCGGAACCCCACAUUGAAGGUUCCACGGGGCUGAAAAGCAUUCCCCAAGCAACACCCUCUGGGAACAACCAUCCAAGUAGGGCUGAAACCACCACAAAGCAGUGCCACCCACCCAUAGUUUGGGCAGUUGCUACCAUUGUUGAUGGUAUCGAAAGCCGCUGAGAGGUCAAGAAGAAUUAACAGGGACAUGUUCCCCUUGUCUCUCUCUCGACAGAGGUUAUCAUACAGGGCCACCCCAUCAGUUUCUGGGCCUAAACCCUGAUCGAAAUGGAUCCAGAAAACCAGUUUCUUCCAAAAGUGCCUGGAUCUGGUCUCCGACCACUCACUCCAGAACCUUGCUCAGGAAAGGGAGAUUAGCAACUGGCCUGUGGUUAGUUAGGUUUUCCGAAUCCUGGGAAGGUUUCUUAAGGAGUGGUUUUACCACUGCCUCUUUCAAAGAGACAGGGACCACCCCAUCUCGUAAAGAGGCAUUGAUCACCUCCCUGGCCCAGCCAGCUGUUCCCUCUCUGCUGGUUUUUAGCAAGAUGGACAGCAUGUAAUAAAUUACUACUACUACAAUCAGGACUUUUUCAGCUGGAACUUAGCAGAGUUCUGGCACCUCUCGGGUGGGCACCAUUACCAUUCUAAGAGUAAGAGGGUGGUGUUCAUGGUGAGAUCCUGCAUCUCUUUUACUAGAAAAUUAGCCCUGAUUACUAUUAUUAUGAACCAAGAAAGGAGAUUCCUACUAAACAUCAGGAAGAACUUUCUGAUGGUAGGAGCUGUUUGACAGUGGAAAGGUCUCCUUUGGGAGGUCUCUCCGUCCUUGGAGGUUUUUAAGCAGAGGUUGGAUGGUUAUCCAUCAUGGAUACUUUAGUUGAGAUUCCUGCAUUGCAGGGGGUUGGACCACGGGGUCCCUUCAAAUUCUACCGUUCUAUAAGUCUAAGGCAGGGGCAGGGGUCAGCAACCUUUUCCAGCUGUGGGCUGGAGGCAAGAGUCUGCACUACUUCUCACUACAAGGAGUCACUUAGACUGAGUAACCAGCCUGGACGGAAAUAAUUUAGAAGGCCAGGUGUGUCUCCGUUGGCUUGUGGGAUCAUAUGGCAAUGCUGAGUGUAGUACAGUGGUACCUUGGUUCUCAAACACCUUGGUUCUCAAACACCGAAAACCUGCCAGACCUUAAACUUUAUUAUGAAUCAGCAGCUUUUUGCUGGUUGAAAGAAUGGCUACUUCUUGAAAACACUGACAUUUUGGAUUUGGAAGGUUUUAAUAAUGUAUUUGGAUGGCAUGCAUAUUUAUGGUAUGAUAAGGUCAAAGCACACAAAGCAUUUAAAAACCACAUUGUCAGGAAAGCGCUGUUUAAUGUUUGGAUAAGAUAUAAGGAUUUAUUAGAAAACAAAACCCCAAGAUGGCUGUCACCAAUGGAAGCGAAAGCCUUGAAAAAGGUCAAUAUGGAGGUCAAAUGGCCGAAAUAUUGGGAAAUUUUGGAACAAGACGGAGAUAGACUGAAAUUGCAGAGUUUUGAAAAAUUAAAAAACAAAGUGCGAGACUGGCUUCAUUAUUAUCAAAUAAUGGAGGUAUUUAAAUUAGACAGGAAAAUUGGCUUCCAGGUGGAAAAGUCGAAAUUAGAAACAGAAUUGUUAGAACCCAAUACUAAGAAUCUGUCAAGAAUGUAUAACUUGCUGCUGAAAUGGAAUACUCAAGAUGAAACGGUAAAAUCGGCUAUGAUUAAAUGGGCACAGGACGUAGGACACAACAUUAUGUUUGCUGACUGGGAACAGUUAUGGACCACUGGUAUGAAAUUUACGGCAUGUAAUGCCUUAAGAGAGAAUAUUAUGAAAAUGAUAUACAGGUGGUACAUAACCCCAGUCAAGCUUGCGAAAAUUUAUCACUUGCCCGAUAACAAAUGUUGGAAAUGUAAAGAAACUGAAGGUACAUUUUUCACCUUUGGUGGACGUGCCCAAAGAUUAAGGUUUUCUGGGAAAUGAUAUAUAAUGAAUUAAAAAGGUAUUUAAGUAUACCUUUCCCAAGAAACCAGAGGCCUUUCUCCUGGGCAUAGUGGGCCAAAUGGUGUUACAAAAGGAUAGAACUUUCUUUAUGUAUGCAACAACAGCAGCAAGAAUACUUAUCGCAAAGUAUUGGAAGACACAAGAACUUCCCACGCUGGAGGAAUGGCAGAUGAAACUUAUGGACUACAUGGAACUGGCGGAAAUGACUGGCAGAAUCCGUGACCAGGGAGAAGAGUCGAUGGAGGAAGACUGGAAGAAAUUCAAAGACUAUCUUCAGAAACACUGCAAAAUUAAGGAAUGUUAGAGUGAUGUUGGACUGAAAAUAAGUGGUUUCCAGUUGUACAGGUUAAAGAUAAGGAUAGAUUAAGAUUAAAGACUAAGAUUAAAGAUGCUUAAAGAAAUGGAAAUUUGAUAAUAAAAGGGGAAAAUUUGAAGCUAUAUGACAUUAAGAGUAAGGAUUAGGUUUAAAAAAGUGAAGUUAUAUAUUUUAAUAUUUUAUUAAAUUAAAGAUUGGGAUUAAAAAAAGUGGAAAAGAAACUGCUGGAUAAAUAAUGUGGAUUGGAAUACAAAAGAGGGAGGUAUGAGGAAGUCCAGAAAAUAAGUAAUUUAAAAUUGGAAAUGGAAAAGAGAGUUUGUUUUUAAUUGUUAUGUUUUGUGUUUUUAUUGUUAUUGUUCUUUGUGUGUGUUGUUUUUCUUUUUUCUUUGUUUAAAACUUUAAUAAAAAUUAUUAAAAAAAAAAAAGACAAAUGCCAAAAAAAAAAAAAAAAAACGAAAACCUGGAAGUAAGUGUUCUGGUUUUCGAACCUUUUUCGGAAGCUGAACGUCCAAUGCGGUUGUCAGCUAUUGUUUCCGGGGCGCCUGCACCAAUCUGAAGCCGUGCCUUGGUUUUCGAACAUUUUGGAAGUGAAAUGGACAUCCGGAACGGAUUAAGUUCGAGAACCAAGGUACCACUGUAUUGCAGUUUAGAUGACACCCUUGACCCACAGAGGCUGAGGGACCUGGAUGAGGUGGUGCAGAUGGCAUGGUACUGGUGGCUGGUGGUCCCUCUUCAAGGCUCCAUCUUAUUCUUUAUUCUGUAGGCCUUAAUUAAUGCCCCCUAAUCUGCUCAGCCCAACCUUGUCACAGGUGUAUGAGCUUGGGUCAAGAUCUGAGCCAAACCCAAGGUUAGUUCUGCUGCUGUGGUGGUCCGUAGAUUCUGGAAUGGCUUGUAGAACUUCCUGCGCUGUUUCACUUCAUCCAAUAAAGAGGUAUGGUACAGCUCUGAUCUGAGGGCAGAUGGGAUCUCUUGGUGCCUUAUUGGCUCUUCCAUCCUUCCGAGCCUCUCGUUUUUUUUCUGACUAAUGGUAGGGGCCCUUCUGAAGCUCAGCUUUUGCAGAGAGGACUCCAAACUCCUUUACCAACCCCUGCUGUGAUGUCGUUGGCCCUCAGUAGGCAAGAAGGGCAUUAUCUCAAUGACAUGAAAAGGUUCACUUGCUGAAUUAUGCAGAUCAAGCGGCUGUUAAAGGCGCCUGCAGUUAUCUGUUCCCCCACCUUCACUGAUAAUCCUAAUUGCAGAGUCACGGGGGAUUCCCUGCUGACAAAAUCUGAGGCCUAAGUAGUGGCUCCUGGAAUUCAGUUAGUAUAUAUAUUUUAAUAGAUUUCAACAUGGUUCUGAUAUCCCCCAAAGGGCCUAAUUAAUAAGAGUGUUGCCUAUGGGAUCCUUGCCUCCAUAUAUUUCUCUCUCUCUCUGAUGUAGGAUCUAAUUCCCUCUCCUCCUCUCCCCCCCCCCCAUUUGAAUUUCCCUUGCCAGUUGUCGGAAAGCAUUAAGCGAUGGGCUGCCACUGCCUCUGUGCCAAAUGAAAACUGAAUCCUUCUUUCGUAGCUGCCUGCCGGGGUGGCAGAGAAAGGGGGAGGGAGUGAAUGGGUGGGUGGGAGGAGAAGAGCUGACCCUUUUUCUUAGAUGUCUUCCCCUCCCCACUCUCCUCCUCUUUGGAAGCCUGUGUGUGUGUGUGUGUGUGUGUGUGUGUGUGUGGAAACAGUAGCUAGCUGUGUCGCUGAGAAAUCACUGUGAGCUAAAUGACCUUCUCUCUGUGACACAAGGGGGGUUGAUAGUUGUAUUCCUUUAUGGGCAGCAGGUUUGGGAAUGAGAGGGCAAUGCUGAAUAUCUGAAAUGAGAUGGGGCCAGACUUCCCCGGACGGCCCUGGCAAUCUCCUUUCCUACAUUUUCUCUAUUUUGUUACUUAAGCAACGUGGCGAUUUUUACUGGGUUUUACCGGUCGCCUUUUCUGGGUGCUCAAGGCGACAUGCUGUGGCGUUACAAUAAAAUCGCCCAAACCUGAAGCAACAGUAAAAAUAAUGGCUAAUGAGAAGCUGAAGCUAGGUCCCCCCCCCUUUGAAAAAUUGGGUCUUUAAAAAAAUAAAAUAAAAACACUGAGAAGGCGUUUAAAAACAGGACAGAUAGUGUAAUGGUUGAGGUAGUCAGGCCAAAAUUAGAUGUUACGUUACUCAUGUUGUUAGCUCUUGUGCGAUUGUUUUUUUUAAAAAAAAUAAUUUGCAGGGGGAUGAGGUAGAUCAGGACUGUGGCAUGGGGGGAAAGGGGUGGUGGUGGUUAUCCCUGUGCCCCUUCUGCUGUUCUAGUUGGAAUUGGGGUCCUAACUGGAAUCGGGGCUUUCCUUCCCCAUUGCAAAGAGAAGGGCCUCUUGAUCCCAAUUGAGGCUAUGACAAGACCAAAGGCUUAAAGGCCCCUUCCUCUCACCCCAUGCCUCACAGCCUCUUGGACUGGGGAGAACUGAGUUUACACCCUUGUACGGCUAAGAGUGGAUCCAUAAGUCACAAAGGGUGGCCCAGCAAGAUCAAAGCAAGCCGCUGGUUUUAAUGGACAGCUCCACAGUAGAAAAGCAGUACUCAGAACUUCUAGUCAGCCAUGGCCAAACUUGGCCCGCAAGCUGUUUUGGGAAUACAACUCACAUCAUCCCUAGCUAACAGGACCAGUGGUCAGGGAUGAUGGGAAUUGUAGUCCCAAAACAGCUGGAGGGCCAAGUUUGAACAUGCCUGCUAGCUGAAAGGUCCAAGGAACCGGGGGGGGGGGGGGGAGAGAGGAAAUUGUGCCUGAGGACUCUGGAAAGCAUCCAGUCAGAAUCAACUUUAUUCGUCUAGAUGGAGCAAUGAUCUAACAGGACUUCACAUGUCUAAAACGUGGAAUAUGGACAGCAUUGAAAGCUUACGAACAAGUUGAGAUGUAACAGAAUUGGCCUGCAUCCUUUUCAGUGGUGUUUAUAAAGUGAGCAACAUAUAGCAGCUUACUUUUGAUAUUUUAAUCACAUAUAUUGUGUUUAGCUUUUGCUAUUGUUCUCUUAUCAGACCUGUUUCUCCUCCCCUCUACUUCUUCUUAAAAAACAAAAAAAACAACCUACCAAAACAUGAUAGUUGUGGUUUCUUGCUGGGCCGCAAGCAGUCACCAUUUCAAAGCAAAAGUUAUAGCACAGCCUUCCCAAACCUGGUGGCUUCCAGAUGUUGUUAGACUCUUUAACCCCUUUCAACUCCAGCCAGCAUAGCCCAAUGGUCAGGGAUGGUGGUGUUUUUUAAGAGCCCAGCAACAUCUGGGAAAGUCAUGGGUUCCUCAGUCCAAGACUAGAGACUGGGACUGAGAGAUCCAUAUUAAAGCUGUGAAGGCUUCUGGGUAGCCCUUGACAAAUCACGCCUCAGUUUUCCCCUUCUAAAACGGGAUUAUUACUUGGAAGGUAAAUGAGCACUAAAAAAAAGUGCUAAAUUAGCACAUGCAAAAAGGGGUCUGAGCUGCAAGACAGGCUUUCCUGUUCAAAUCCCAUCUUAACCACUUAGUUACUAGGUUGGUGGCCUUAAUUAAGCCCUGGUCUCUCAGCCUCAUUCCACUAUUUGCAUAUAUGUGUAUAAUGCUGCCUUUCUUAAGGAGCGUUGAGGAUUGCUGAGAUAAUGCGUGUGAAGUGCUUUGAAACACUCGCGUGACAUUCAUAUAUUGCUCUUUAUCACUAAUAAUGUUAAUUAUAGUCUGUAUGUGGUGGUGGUGGGGCGGGUCUGGGUUUUGCAUUAAGAGGGGCUUAUUAGGUGGGAAGCCGGUUGCCUAGGCUUGGGCCUAGCUUUCUCAGAGAGCAAGACGGUGAAGUGGCAAACCUUUUCACCACCCCCAUUGCCUGUUCCGCUUCAAACUGCGGAUGGGGGCAGGAGGAUAGAUCAAUAAAUGUGCCCCUCCAGAACCCGUUACAAACCCCCUUCACCCGCCUGAGAGGGAGUGGAGAUGAGGUUGUGGACAAGAGAUAAGAGGAAGAAGGCCUCCGUUGCCAUUGUGUAAUGCCAAGGGGCCCUUUCGCACCACACACGCUGACCGUGUGCAUCUGUCACGGUGCUUCUCGGAAGGCCAGGAGGCCCCCCAAGUCGUUGGGCGGAAGUUCCCUAUCUAGCUGCAUCGACCGCCAGUGCUUCCUCUUGAGAAGGACUUUGCAACAUCCCUGUAGGGUGCGGAAACUGAAGCCCCCAUUUCUCUCCCACAACAGGGACGAGGAACACAACAAGGCCUGUUUCCAGCCCCGCUGCUCCGUUACCCUUUGGUAUUCCCUCAUGCUCUAACAUCGCCAUGUUGCGAUGAUGGGUGCAUUUUUAGAACGAAAACACUAAACAGGCUACAUGGCAAUGGGAAUGGGGCCUCAUCUAUUCAGUGGCAUUCCAGGCUCUUUCCUUACGUUUCCAGCUUUCCCUUUUAAAUAAAUAAAUACAUUUUCCAUUUUGUAGGUUUCAGGAGAAAUGUGCGGAUGCUAUUCUACCAAACUGUUUAGUAAGGAAGAGCCCUGCUCCCAGAUUCUAGUCUCCCUGCCUGUGAGUACAAAAAACACUUGGGGAGAUUUCAACAGCCUUUUUUAAAAAUUAAAAUUAAAAUUGCCCUCACUGGGCGCUGAGCCUAGAGGGUACCGCAGGAGGCAUCACAACAAUGACUUAGAAUGGAAGGUGGGGUAGGGGGCGCUGAAUUUUGGCAUCUCACAAGGCGCCUCUGAAGUUUUUGAAAGUUCUCCACUGGGGCUGCGUUUGGCCCCCGAGCUGACAAAGGUACCCCACCCUUGCCAUGCAGGUCUGUUUCAGAAGUCGAAGAAGAAAAAGGACACCUUUCCCACUCUCCAGAACUGUAUCUUCUCUAGUCCCUGGCUGCAUAAGAUGUUCCAGUUCCAGGCUGGAAGCUCUCUAGCUUGGGCCACUUUGAGGGCACCCUGAGCAGAGGGCUCUCUGGUGACCCAACCCCCCGUUAGUGGGCCCUGACAAGCCUUCCUGGACAGUGCUGGUGUUUGUGUGCGUUCUGUUGAAAUUUACCACAAUGUCCAGAGCGACCCUACAUUGUAGGAACUGUAGGAAACUAUACGGCAGCAGCUAAACCAAAUCCAUGAGCUGCUUCUCGCAGCAGCAGGCCAGAAAGAAAUUAAGCUUUGCCUAGGGCUUGAUUUGAGCCAAAUUUAUCUAGUUUCAGAAAUGGCUAGUCCACCUGUGUGUCUCUUGUUACAAGUAGGGCGUGAAGCUGCUGGAUAUCUUCUCCAAUUUUUCCCUCCCUUUAGAAUCGUGUGGCAUUUAGAGAUACACUGCCCCUGCACAUGGAGGCUCCAUUUUCACAAUCCCUAACAGUAGCCAUUGAUUUAGCUUCCAUAAAAAUUUGCUUGCCUAAUCUUUUUUCCUUUCUUUUUUUAAAGCACCAGUGCUUCUUUCAAAGGUUCUUCUUUUGUCCCCGCCCCCCGUCUUUCUAAAAUAUUUUUUAAAUCUCAGAGUCAUUUAAACCUUGACUAAUUAUGUUAAGGCUGAUUCCAGGGGACCUUUGACCCGCUCCCAGAAUGGUUGCCAUAGGUUCUGUUGCCCCCACCCCCGCCCAAGUUUUUGCUGCGCAUGUAACUUGCAUUGCCCAAUGACAUUGAUUGUUUGCUUCAAAAUCCGAGCCUUUCCCAUGGCGUUUUUAAACAAGAAAAUCAACCUUGAGAUUGCUCAAGGGAGCUCCCUUUUGCCUCCGCUUCCCACUCAACAACAGAGAGCUGUCACAGAAUCAAAAGUACGGAAGGGGGAGAAAAAGGGUGAGGUUGGGGGAGAAACGUCUGGCUGCUACUUUCGCAGAAAAGCUAUUUUUCCUGUUUUUCUGGGUGGGUUGGGACUUUGCAUGCAGAGACAGAAAAAGUGAGAAAUGUAGAUUUUUCUCCGCUGAACUUGAUGCAGCGCUACACUUUGCAAUUGCUGCAAGGACGCAAGGGUGUUACACCCAUGUUCCUGCAGCCAACAAGUGAAGUGUGUGAUUCAACGCCCAUGUAAACAUAUGACUGGAAACCCUGGUCCAGGCAACUAUGCAGGGGUCUAAAGAGGCGUAUAUGUGCAGGUAUAUCGUUCACACUUCGCAUGUUGUGGACAAGGUUGAUGCCUGCAGCUGUUCCUUUGGCUGCUGUGGGGCUGAUCACCAAAUCCUACUUGCGCCCACAUUUGAAUCCGCCACCAGGGAGGUGAGCACUGGUGCUAUUUUAAUUUUCCAAGAUUGCCCCAAAUGUAGUGUGACUGUGGAUAUUCUGCAAACUUUAAAUGGGUGUUGUUUGGAAUACUGCUGCCCCAACAGAGAAGGGAGUCCCACCAGAUAUCACUUUGCCCCGGAUGUUCCCAGGCCAGCCCUGCAUACAGGCAGCAGCAGUGUUACAACAAGGUCGCUUGCACCAGUUGCACAGCUACCCAGAAAUAUUUGUGGCACAGUGUGUGUGUGUGUGUGUGUGUGUGUGUGAGAGAGAGAGAGAGAGAGAGAGAGAGAGAGAGAGAGAACAGGUGUGUGGGUUGUGCACCUUGGUUCCAAUGGGCAGAGGCGACAAAAUAACUAAAAUCUUUCGUUGGACUGAGUGAGUUUGUUAUUGGAACCAUAGCAUUGGAAGGGACAUCUAGUCCAACCCAAUAUUUUGCCCAACGUGGGGCUUGAACCCACAACCCUGAGAUUACGAGUCUCAUGAUCUACUGACCGAGCCACACACUCUUGUGUGCGGACUUUGGAAUUCCGUAAAAAUUAGCAGCAGCCAGAUUUGAAAAGGAGCAGAACCUUGGUUACAUGAAUGUGCCUGGAGAAAAAAAAGGAAAGGUUUUUGUUUUUUUUAAUGUACGAAAGCAUUCUUUUUUUGGGCGUCCACCUAACAAGCAACACAGCCUGGAUAAAUUCCACAUUUCGCCUAAUCCAGCAUAGUUUGUGGGCAUUUUGGAAAUCUCAACCUCGUUGUGAAAACUGCCUUCUACAUGAAGAGACCGAAAGCUCGCUCUCCGAACCCAAAGGAUCGAUUCCUUCUCCCAGCCUGCCUUGACUCAUGCUAGCCCAGAGAGAGAGAGAGAGAGCGCGCCCUAUGCCGUCAGUUCAUGACCUCCAGAUAUAGGUCAGCUGUUUUCCGGAUCAAUCGUCGGGCCCGCCUGUCACAGGCCCAAGCGGAGGGAGUUCCUCUCUUCGCUUGAUGUUCUUGGAAUCGGAGGGACGCGCUGGCAAGCCACGUGACCUGGCCCUUUUGUGUUUUUUUGCUUUAUAUUGCGGUCUCUCUCUCUUCACCUCUUGCAAGGAGACGUGUCUGUUUCACAAUAGCUUGUCCUGUCGCCAUGCCGAUGGGAGUGUGCAUUGCAGGGCGAGGCAUUCUUGGACAUACAUCUGGCGUGACCUCCCCUGGCGCCUCGGUGUUCUUGGGCUCUGCUUUGAGAGACCUGACAUGAUACUGUUGGGUAACCCCGGGCCGUGGAUUUGUUGUGGGGACAGGCACUGCAAGUGACUCAGUGUCUCUCCCACUCCAGGGACCACACUCCGUUUCCUUUGCUUAUGUCAUCCUUGUGGCAUCCUCCGUCCGAACCAGAGCUGCUGGCAGUCUCAGCAGCUGCUGUCCCUAAAUGCUUUGGAUUCCAGUUGGGUUUGCUAAUGGAGGGGCUCAAGAUAGAUCCUCUUUGGGGGAGCAUGUGCCCAGGGAACAAGUACGUAUUUAUUUGCACGUUCGUUUGCACACCCGUUUUCGCACAGGUAUUUAUUCUGUAUGUCCCUUUGCCUUAUCCUUGGUUUUGGAUCUCUUGAACGUGCUGGCGGCAUGCAGGGUUUGCCCUGGUCGUGACAUUCACUCAGAGGCAGUCAAGAUUCCCGUACAGAUGUGUGCAGGCAACUCCCGGCCUUUUUGCUAGCUCACUCUUGCUUGCUGGACUCUGGAACCUAAAAUCUGGGUGUUCAUUUUGUGUGGGGUGAAACCUGUAGUCUGAAUAGUUUUGGAGAGAUAUUGGAAGAUACGAUGGUGAGAAAUGAAAGGUUUGGGAUUAAGCAUACAAAACGUCCAAAAUCAAUGUUUUCAGCCAACCUCUCCCCCCCACAAAAAUAGACGCAAGUUGCAGUUGCUGCAAUAAAUUGCCCAAAUGUUUACAAUCUGCAUAGAUGUGAUGGUCCAGAUCUCCACCUUGGCUCCCCAGAUGCUCUUGAACCACAACUCCCAUCAUUCCUGACCACUGCCCAUGCCGGCUAGGAAUGAUGGGAGUUGUAGUCCAACAACAUCUAGGCACCCAAGGUUGAGAAAGGCUGGUCCAGAAUCCAGAUAUAUAUGGCUGCCUGAUUCAUUUUACCUGGGGGGUUCAUGGAAGAGAGCAUUCUGUCCUCAGAGGUGGUGAGCCUUCUGUUCACCCACAAACCAUAGAUCUAUGCAUUUGCUGGAACAUUUACUCAAACCCAGGCAGACAUCUGUUUGUGUCUUCAGCUAGAAAGGCACUUAGGUGGGCAGAGAGUGAUGGCACAGGCUCUCCUACAAAAGGAGGCUGAAUUUAUUUUCCCCUUGUCUCUCUGCACACAUUUUAAAAUGCCCAGAUUAAACCUGCACAGAGCAGGUGCACAUUUGACUUUUGUUAUAUUGAUUGCCAUCCAUGCAAACCUGUUGGGCCUUGCAUCAAGGUAUAUCACCUGUUGACAUGUCCAGCUGCUACUAGGCAUACACAUUUGUCUGUAUAAUGUGUGUAUGUGUAUAUAUAGAUGUAUGCAUGCAUGCGCGCGCGCGCACGCGCACACACACACACACACACACACACACAUAUUAAGUGUUUAUUUGUUUAUUGUUAUAUUUAUAUCCCACCCCUCUUCCAAGUAGCUCAAGGUGGUGUGCAUGAUUUUCCCCUUCCCCAUUUUAUCCUCGCAACAUGGAAACUAGAAAUUCAAAAUUGUUUUGCCAUGACUGCUGUGGCCUAAGGAACCCUCGGAACUGUAGUUCGAUCAAAGGUGUUUAUAACUGUCUGCUGGAGGUCCCUGGCAGCUUUGUGGAACUAUCAGACCCAGAGUUAUUUUCAUAUUUAAUUGUAAAUAUUUUAAAGCUGGUUUUCUAGUCUUGGUAGUAAUAGCGGAAUGAGUUCCAAACAGUGCGAUGAGGCACACCAUUGCACCAUAAGAGAACUGAAAGCUCCCACCUGCUCACAGAUUAGGCUGCCUCUUGUCUCUCUGUGUGAUUGAUUGCUCUGGCCUUGAUUCCUUACCAUCAGUCUCUGCUGUGAGUGGAUAUUUCUGCCACACCUGUACACUGAGGGAGCUUGAAUUAUUCAGAUGCUCCAAAAGCAAAUGCAGCAGCCUCUGAGGAGGCUACCCGUUGUUUCUCUGAAUGAGUAUCUAUGCUGGGUUUACCUCCUUCCAUGUAGAAGCGAUGUCCAGGUCAGUGCCAGAAACACACAAUGUGGUCUCCUAUGGGGGUAAGUAAUGCUUACUCUUUCCAUACUCUAAAAACAAUAAUAUGGGAUUUCCAUAUUCUGAUGCCCAGAGAUAUAGCAUGUUUGUUUGGUGCACAGUGUAAUCCUAUGCAUGUCUACUUUGAAAUAAGUCCUGUUUUGUUCAGUGGCUCUUGCUCACUAAUUGGCUGUUUUCAUGAUUUCAGCCUCAUAUUUCAUGUGCAUAAUUAGAAAUAUGUCAUGCUAAUUUCAUGUGUCGUAUAAAAUAUCUGAAAAGUUGUUCUGGUAGCCAAAAGUAGUUUGUCUGAAAUAAUUUGAUUUAAGGGGGAAGGGGGCAGGAUCUAUAAAUGGCAUUUAUUGCACAUUAAGUUUUAUACUCAAAACAAGUGCAAAGCUUUAACCUAGAAAUUAUUUUUAUUGGGAUAUUUGUAAAUAUUUUAAGACAUGUUAGUUCAGUAGCAUACACUUCCCUAAUGUUAUUUAGAUUUUAAGAAAAAGGAGGAAGGCACUGAAAACUGUUUCAACAUAUGUUGAAUAGCUGUGUGCAUGAAUAUGUGUCCUUGGAAGAAUCACCGGGGAAAAACGUUAAUUGCAGAUUUUAAAAAAUUGAGUAGUACAGUAUUAUGUCCUUUCCACUUUCAAUUUUACUUUUAUUGUGUUAGUUCAUUAUGUUACUAUGAGGAAAAUACAUUUCUAAAAAAGAGAGUGGGAAUCCGUGGAAAAAUUUAGUACUGGAUUUUUUCCUGGGGAAGAGAUUAAUACCGCACACCACUGUUUAAAAGCAAACUUCUUUCAGAUGUGUGAGUAGAGUGGACAACUCACAGAAUUUUAGGAAGCAAUUCUUGCAGAAAAAUACCUGGAAGUGAGUAGAGUUGGGUCUUUUUCCCAGCCCUAGUUGAAGAUGGAGCCUGGAACCUUACUCAUGCACAGCAGAUGUGCUACCACUGAACUAUGGCUUUAUAGGGCUGCCCGCCACUCGUAUGAUUUAGUUGAUUAUAGGCACAUUUGCACAUUACUAAAGACUUCAUUGUCCCUUUUGAAGCAUAUUGAAAGAAGUGGGUGUGCAGUUGUUAAAGUGUGUUUUGGACUUCCCAGGUUGAAAUCCUUGCUCAGCUACAAAGCUCUCCAAGUGACAUUGAGUACGUCUGCUCAGGUUUCCUUAGAAAUCGGGGGUAAAAUGUGAUAAACGCUACUGCGCAUUAAUUAGAAGGAAAAGUUGCCUUCUAAUAUUUUGCUUUUUCAUUCCCUGCUCGAGUACACCAGGAACAAAAUAGGUUUUUUUUAUAAAUCUAACAAGGGUGCCCUUCCAUCUUGGUCUUGGUGUAUGUGGACAUGCUGGCUGGGGCAGAAACAUGCCUGCUAUCGUGGCUCCACUUCUAGAAGGAGCCACGCAUGUUGCCAGCACAUAACUGCCCGUGUUAGCAAACGUGUUGUUGCCAUGCGCUUUCGGCAUGCGCUAAGACUUGGCCACUGUGGCACAUUCCUUGAUAACAUCUAGAUCAGAUUACCGUAACAUCGCUUUGCGUGAGGUGCCUUUGAAGAAUUUUUUGGGAAACUUCAGCCGGUCCAGUAGAAGAUGACGGCUGGAUUGCUAACUGGAGUUGGCUGCAGAGAGCGUAUAUCGCAUGUGCUUAAAGUGGUACGCUUAGCUUGCAGUGAAGUGAGCUUCCAGGAGCAAAUUCAGCCUGCUGGUUUUAACCUUUAAAGUCCUCAGCUAUAGGGCAGCCGGGGUACAUUCAGGAAUGCUUUGUUUGUGUGGAAUCCCAAGGCGAUGGUGUUAAAGAACCUUAUUAGGAACUCUGAUUUGGAAAAAUCAGUCAUUUGUGUUCACAUUUUGUUAACUGCAUUUUAAAUCCCACCUGUCCUCCAAGUUGCUCAAGGCAACAAAUGCAUUUCUCCCCUGGUGUCCUCACAACAGCCCUGUGAGGUGGGUUAUGCUGAGACUGGCUGAAGAUCACCCAGUGAGCUUCAUGGCUGAGUUGGGUUUGAACCCUUGUCUCCCAGGUCCUAGUCCAACACUCUGACCACAGUCCCACCCUUGCUCUCUUGUCAUGGCAGACAAGCUUCCUGGAAAGACAUACUGUAUUUUUAUCACCAUCUUCCCCUGCAACCCCCAGAUGCAGGAGAGUGUCAGAGAGGUUCUAAAAGUGCUGGGCUUAAAAGUGGAUCUGCCUGAUGGGAAAUAGUUAUAAAUCCUGCUCAAAAGUCUAAAGGUCCUGCCUUUAUAUGAGAGGCCACAGGGAGCUGGGUCACCUUAAUGCGGGGGCUUAUCCUUGUGGAAUUUGCAUCCCAAGGAGAGGGUGAUAUUAAGAGGGUGGUGGAAAACACCCUGUGGUCUUCAUAGUUCUUAUCUGAUUUAUUUAUUUUUUUAAGAAGGUGGGUGCUCUUGCGGUUUAAAUCUUCUCUUUUUUCCUGCGCAUUGUUGUAUUUAUAGUCAGUACUGUGUGUUAGCUUUUGCCAUCUUGAGGGCCUGUUUUUUGGACUGCAAGGUAGGGUGAAAACUUUUUUAAAAGAGAGAGAGCAAAUGCGUGCAAAUGUUCCCGUCCACCGACACAUCUGCAAGAUCAUGCAAACACUUACGCCUAGCCUUCCCCCCCAAUCCUGUCACUCAUCCUCCCUCUUGCCAGAUGUUGCUGAUUUUUGUUUGUUUGUUUGUUUUUUUGUUAAUCAGCUUGCGUUGUCCCUACCCUCUGCAAAGUGUUCUCUGGAUUAAACCUAAGCAGGGCUGAAUCCUCACGCAGGUCACUUAACGCCAUUCCCUGUAACUCCAUUCCCCCCCCUUCUUCUGUCUGUCUGCUUGCCAGAUGGGUGCUGGUUGGCAGCCUUGAUCAUGCUGCAGUCUGGGGGUGGGAUUGGGAAGAGAAGUAGUGGUUCCCCAGUUGAGUAAAGAAGCUUACAGAACCACUCCAGUUGGAAGGGAUCUCAUCAGAUCCCUUUGCCCUAAGCCCCACACACACCCUGAACCAUCUCCAGCAGAUAGCAGCCCUGGCUUGGAAAACCACCUAUGGAAAGAGGUGCUUCUUGCUAUUUGUGGGGAUGUAUAAUCUGUGGCCCUCCAGAUGUUGCGGAACUCCCAUCACUCCAGACAGCGUGGUCAGUGGCUGGGGAUGUUGUGGUCCUGCAACAUCUGGAGGGCCACUCGUUCCCCACCUCUGACCUGCCUCCUCAAGACUGCUUGUCCUAGGGCUGGACUUCUCUGAAAGGUGGAAUGUUCUUCCCUAAUGCCCAACCCAUAUCUACCUCUCUGUAAUUAAUUAUUCCUACAGCAACAUCAGUGCGCACAGUGCUUUUCAGAGAGUGCAAGUCAACUGAACCUUGCCCCCAAGGAGCUUACAAUUUAAAAUAUGACACAGGAGAAAUGAAAGAGGGGGAGGAUGUACGAGAAGUUCAGGUACCUAGGACUAGUUGCAGAAGGAUAUAGAAGCUUUGGGGUUCUGCCAAGGCCUUCAUAAGAGAAGUGGUUUUUGAGGGCCAGUGCUUCGUGGCUUUGCAUGCAGGAGCUCCCAGAUGUGAUCCCUGGCAUCUCCAGGUAGUUCUGGGAAUUGUCCCUUGCCCCCGGAGAGGUCUGUUCAAGGUAAGGAGAGGCCAUAGAGGAGCCCAAGGAGGCAGUUCUAUGCAUGAGCAAGGGGACAAUGACAAGCAUAAGGAGACCUUCAGAUGACUGAGGAUGGUGGAGCUGGAGGUGCAAUGGUCAUGGACAGAGACACAUCAGGAUAUAAGAAUGGGGAGAUAUUGGUGCGGGGGAGGCCGUUGAAGACUUUGAAGUUGGGGCCAAGAAUCUUGUGCUGGAUCUGGGCGAGGGAUCAUAAUUCAGUGACAUUGUGUGGUUUGCAUGCAGCACCUGGUCCAAUUUAUUUUAAUUUUUUUGCAUCAGUUGAUUCAUGAAACACACCUGGAAAGCUCCUGCCAAUGAGUGUAAAUUGUACAGUGGUACCUCUGGUUACGAACUUAAUUUGUUCUGGAGGUCCGUUCUUAACCUGAAACCGUUCUUAACCUGAGGUACCACUUUAGCUAAUGGGGCCUCCUGCUGCCGCUGUGCCGCCGGCGCGUGAUUUCUGUUCUCAUCCUGAGGUGAAGUUCUUAACCCGAGGUACUACUUCUGGGUUAGCGGAGUCUGUAACCCAAAGUGUUUGUAACCCAAGGUACCACUGUACUGGGUUGGACGGACACUCUGCUAUCAUGUAAAGCAACUUCCUGUGUUCCCAUGGGAGCAGACAGGAAGCCUGUGUAGGGAUGUGAGGAGGGGCAUCAUGUUAUCAGAGCAACGAGAGAGAUGAAUGAUUUGGGCAUCAGAGUGAUGGAUCGAGAGACGUGCCUGGUCCAAAGUGAUACAGUAGAAGGAGGAGAGGAGAUAGCAGCAGUUACUCCAGGUGAGACAUUAGCAGGCCAUGGAAGAACGUUUUUUUCCUGAGGUUUUUUUUUUUUUAAAAAAAUUAAACACUUGGCUUCUUACUGAAAACUGCAACUAGUCUUUUUUUUUCCUGGUGUGCUUUUAAAAUAUUUCAAUGCCAUCAUCUGUAUCCCCCUCUCCUUGGCCCUUUAUGCCAUGAAUAUAUCUGGUUCCUUUAGCCUGCCCUGGUGGGUUUGGCACCUGAGACCCUUUUCCAUAUUAAUAUACAGUGGUGUGGACUUUUCCCUAGGAAGGCUUGUGCUGCAGUCAGUGAGUGGGGUUUUUGCACACAAGGUUUAAAUUGGUUUGGGCUUACGUUGUGGUGCAACGAGAGUGGACAAUCUGAUUCCUUUUGCAACAUCUGUCAUUUUUUCUGUUUCGUUUGUCGCCGUCUCGUGUGCAAAUGGCCUUAGUCUUGAGGAUGCCACACGAGUUGCAGCUGCUCUUCUGGAGUUUGUCUUCUCUCUUCUGAGUCUCCCCUCCCCUUAGUUUGUCAGCUUUGUUUUUGGAACGGAGUGGGCAGUCUAAAAAGCCGCCUGGGGAAUUAAGGCCCCUUCUGCACUAUACAUAUAAAGUGGUAUCAUACUACUUUAAACAAUGAUGGCUUCCCCCAAAGCAUCCUGGGAACUCCGGUUUGUCAAAGGUGCUCCCAUUCCCCUCAUAGAGCUAUAAUUCUCAGAGUGGUUUCACAGUCAAUCCCUCUUCCAUGGAAACUCUGGGAACUGUAGCUUUGUGAGAGGAAUGGAAGCACCCUUAAGAAACUGCAGCUCCCAGGUAUUUUUGAAGGGAGCCAUGAUUGUUUAAAGUGGCAUGAGACAUCUUUAAAUGUAUAUCUUACAUAUAUGUCAUGCAGAUUGGAAAAAUUUCUCAUUUUUGCAUAUCAGUGUUUUGUUUUUGUGGGUCGUGGGAAGGGCACUGAAACUAUGGAAAUCUUUUAAACAUUAUACCUCUCCGGCAUCUUGCCAUUUCUGUAGGUACAGUGGUACCUUGGUUCUUGAACUUAAUCCAUACCUGGAGUCCGUUUGACUCCUGAAACCAUUCAAAAACCAAGGCGUGACUUCCGAUUGACUGCAGGAGCUUCCUGCACUGAAGCAGAAGCCACGUCGGAUGUUCGGCUUCCGAAAAACGUUCACAGACCGGAACACUUACUUCUGGGUUUGAGGCGUUCAGGAGCCAAUUUGUUCAACAACUAAGCCUUUUGAGAACCAAGGUAUCACUGUAUUGUCCAGGGGAACUGUAUCCAUCCACACUUCCUUUUGUGCUGAGCUUCCUAAGCACAGGUGCGGGAUUUCCAAGUCCAUGUCCGAGCGAUUCUUUUUUCCUUCCGCCACUGUCCCAGGGGAAAUCUGCACUUUACCACUGAAUCGGAACCAACCGCAAUCCACGAAAAACCUGGUUGCAGUUUGCUCCGAUCCAGUGAUAAAAUGCUGGUUUUCCUGGGAAAAGUGAUGGAAUCAUAAUUUUUUAAAAACCCACUCAGACAUGGACCUGGAAAUCCUUUUGUGCUGCACGUAUAGACACAGCUCCUGGAAGUGUGGACAAGGCCUAAGUUCUCAGAAUAGACCCAUUGAAUUUAACCAAAAUUAAAUUAGUCAUGUCCUGAUUUCAGCACUCUAAGCAUGACUAAGGUUGGAUGCAAACCUGGUGUGUUUUAAAAACCUAUAUUUGCAAAAAGGGGGAUACACACAGUUGAAAUAUUCAGAGUGUUAGCCCUGAUGGCCUGUGUUGCAGCAAAAGCAACAAAGAAUCUUGUAGCAUCUUAAAGACUAUAACACAAUUAUUACGGCAUAAGCUUUUGUAAAAUAAAGCCCACUUCAUCAGAUACACAAAGUGUCCUUCUCAGUUGCAAGCUAUAUUUCCAUAUGAGUGGGAGGGUUUGUAAGUAGUUAGGUCAGAGGGAAAUGAAACGCAAAAAGCACAACCAAUUAGAACUUGAAUGCAUGAAAAAGAAAGCACAGUGACCCUUCAGAACAGCAGUGAUAGGUAAUAACAUAAUCAACUUAGAAAUUAAUAUCUUUUGUCUCUAUUCAGAACCAAAUGAAUGGAAUUUAAUUCUUUGAUUAAGUGUAAGCAUUGGGACUUCGCUUUCAAGUUCCAUUGUUCAAGGACUACCAUCUUUAAGAUGGUGGCCUGGUAGCUUGAAAUGUCUCCUGCCAAGUUUCUGUUUAUAGCAGAGGUUUUCAAUCUUUUUGGAUCCAUGGAUCCGUUGACCAGCUACAUUCUUUCUUUGGCACCCCUGUGUGGCUCAGAAGCCCAGUUACGUCACCCCUUGCCUACAGAACUGGUAGCCUCUCACCCUUUUUUGAACACCCUCCCUUGUGGAGUGUCCCCUUAGCCUCCUCUCCUCUCCUCUCCUCUCUCCUCUGGGCAGCCACUGCUGCCACCCCUGGUCUCUGAAUUGCACCCCCUUGCCCCAAAGAGAGGUACCUCCUCACACUGCCUCACAGGAGCCUGGGAAACAACCCUUGGCCGGCCCCAGAGACACCAUUCACCUGGGGAGCUUGUAGCCAGGGCUGCUGCAACAAACAGCUGUCCAAACCUUUGGGAGGCAGAGACGCAAAAGGGCAUCAGAGGCGGGAGGGCAGAAAAGAAAGAGGGACAGAGACCAGUGUUACCCAUGCCACCCCGAUCAUCAUUCAAGGCACCCCAGGGUGCCACGGAAAACCACUGGUUUAUAGUAUUGCCAUUUCUGUUGUCAGAUUUGCGUCCAUUGAUUCUUUUUCACAAGGACUGGCCCAUUUGUUCUGGCUAAUAAUAAUAAUAAUAAUAAUAAUAAUUUAUUUAUACCCCACCCUCCCUGGCCAGGGCUAGGCUCAGGGCAGCUAACACCAAAUAUGAAUUACAAACAAACAAACAAUUAAAAUACGGCUUAAAAUACAGCUUAAAAUACAUCUUAAAAUGCAGUCUCAUUCCAGUAGUAGCCUAUAAAUCAAGACCAUAAAGGGAGGAAACAUCAGAUAUUCACCCGAGCCAGCUAUCCAUGCUGGUCCUACAUGGGCCAGCAAAAAAGCAAAGGGAAAAUUUAUAUACCAAAUCCCAUAUAAGGGGUCAGAGUGAGUCUAAGCUGAAGGCCAGUCGGAACAGCUCCGUCUUGUAGGCCCUACAGAAAGAUGUCAAAUCAAAUGCAGAAGGGCAUUUCUGGCUGAUGAUAGCAUGUAUCCCAUUGGAAGAUGAACUACUGAAAAUUCAGUUUCUUGAGAAGCUUGAUUCUGUGAACUGCAGGCUGGUGAUAGAGUUAGCUUCUGAGUCUUGGAAGCCUCCUGUCAACAAUCGCAGCAUUGUAGUGAUGAGUUGUGUUUGGUUUCUUACCUGCUUGGAGAACUCUUAAAUCAGCCUUCUUCAACCUGGAGCCCUCCAGAUGUCUGGGACUAUUAAGUCCCAUUAGCCCCAGACAGCACAGCUGUUGUAGUGCAAAAACAUCUGGAAGGCACCACGUAGGAGAAGGCUGCCCUAAAUCUUUCCAUGGAGUGCUUCUGGCUGACUAGUCGUCCUGUACCUUGUACCUGUUCCUUUGGCUCUCCGUUUGGUCUGCUUAUUGCUAAUUGCUGAAGUGAGCGAGCUUCCUCUAAAGCAUCUUACCUGCCUGAUCCACUUUAGGCCACUAAGCUGACAGGUUGUGGAAAUGGCUGGUGCAGGAAGUGGCCAUUGUGUUAAGCUUCACAACGCGGCCUUUGGCAUGGUGGUUUGUGAUGGUUUCAUGUCACUUCUCCAUUUGGGCCGCAGAAUGUUAAGCCUAAGAGUUUCCUGUGUGUUCAUUGCACAUCUUUCGACUUUUUUUAAAAAAACAACAACAAAAAAACCCCUGAAAGCUUCUAGCCCUCGUGGUGAAACAAAACCUUUGAAUGAAAGCCUGGCUUUGAUUAUUUUUGAUGCAUGGGAUUAGAUAAACGGUAUCCUGACCAAGGCUUUUGGAAAUUGCUCGUAUUCUUCUGGACUUCCACAGAAAUCUUAUGCAUGUUUACUUGGAAGUAAGACCCACUGUAUUUAGUGGAGCUUAGUCCUCGGUAAUAUGUCAAUAGGAUUUGAGACUUAAUUGGCUUAUGAUUUAUUUAUUUAUUUGGGUGGAUAUUCAUGCUGAUAUGCAAGAGCCAUUAUUUUAAAUGUGCAUUUUGUAAAGGGGAGUUGACUUUUUUUUUAAUUAAAAGAAUCUAGUUUUGAGAUGGAGGGAAUUUGAUUGUGAACAGCAGGUUGUGCAUAGGGAUUUGUGUGUGUGUGUGUGUGUGUGUGAGAGAGAGAGAGAGAGAGAGAGAAAGAAAUUGACUAGUGCAGAAGAUCAAGGGCUGCCUCUCUCCAUAUGAACCGACCUGGACCCUGCAAUCACCAUCUGAGACCCUUCUUUGUGUGCCUCUUGCAGGAGAGGUCCGAAGAGCGGCAACAUGAAAGCAGGCCUUUUCUGUGGUGGCUCGCCACUUGAAGAAUCCUUUCCCCAGGGAGACUUGCCUGGUGCCUUUGUUACAUGUCUUUAGGCACCAGGCAAAAACAUUCCUCUUCUUCCAGGCCUUUGGCUAAUUAAACCAUCUUUGGCCUUUUAAACUGUGUGUGAGAGAGGUGUAUGUAUGUGUCAUUUUUGUUUGUUAUUAUAAUAUGUAUUUUUGUGUUUUUUAUAUGUGAUCUUCGGAUAGAAAUUUAAUCAAUAAUAACUGUAAUAGUAAUCUUCAAGCCAGAUCCCAGAAAGAACUAAUGGCAUAUCACAUCGUUGACAGCCUUAAACAUAGUGAAAGACUGUGCAAUGCCUUACAACAUGAUGUGGGAGUUGAGGUGUAAGCGUUAACAAAUCCUAUUCAUUUUAGGGAAUGAGUGACUUAUAAAUAAAUUCUGCUUUUGCACCUCAUCUGGUUUCAAAUAUUCUGCCGGGCAUUGACGAUGCACACUCAAAAGUUUGCUUGCCCAACCUUGAGGUCUAGAAACUUACUUUCUCAUAGAGGAGCCUGAGAUUCUCUGCAAACCGGAAGAGGAGAUACUAACUGGUGGUGUAUAGAAAUCAUUUCGCUUUCCUUCCCCCACAUGCUGUGGCAGGGGGAAGGAACCCAUUUGCUUAUUAUCCCGUUAGUCUCGGUCCUCCCCACUUAUCUCAUUGCUGCCAGUAAAUUUCAGCUGCAACCUUAUAACCAACCCCAACCUCCUCCCUUGCACUGCUGUUUAUAAUCUCCGAGAUUUAUUAUAGGCACAUGGAUUCUUCUUAUUGCAGCAUGCAAACACCCCCACGCAUCUAUCCCAAGUUGCUUCUUUGCUCCCUUGUGUGUGUCUCUCUGUGUGUGUUAUGCCACACUACAAUAUCGCAGCAGGGUUCCCCUGCUACACACACACACACACACACACCCUCCUUCGGCCACCACUUUGUUUCCAGGUGCAGCUUGGCUCCCUCUCAGCCCUGGACUUCGGCCGUGGCUUGUUUUGCAGCUGCAGAAGUCCUGAGUCAGCAGGAAAAAUCCUUGCUGGGUGCAGGGAUGGUGGGAACUGGGAGCCAGCCAGGCGGUUGCAUGUUAAGAGGGUUGUUUAAACGGCUGGAAAAGGGGAGCCAGUUUAUCUCCUGCAGUGACAAAUUUUCUGUUUCGUUCGGGGCUUAAUUUGAACUUGGAGCCUGGCCAAGGCUAACAGCCCUGGAACCUACUUGCAAAGGGUGGUGCAGAGAUGUGCUUCCCUUCUCCCUAAGAAGAAGAAGAAGGAAAAAGGGAGCCUCUGAACAUGGGCAGAGCACUUUCCCUUCUCUGCCAAGGAGCCAGAAUAACAUCUCGUGAAUCUUGGGUUAAGAAGAAGGCCAGCUUUCUUGGCAGAGGUGAGGAUGAUGUGCAGGCAGAACUGAGACCUAGAGAAUCUGGAGCCUGAGAAACGAAGCACAGUUUUGUCUACGUGCCAGAACGACUCCUGACAGAACCGUUCUCGCUGAUUCUUCCUUCCUGUGCUCCAGUGACGGUGGCCUAGCCCCAUAACCCUUUAGCAGCCGGUGGUUGCUGCGGUCUGAUGAAGAUGUGCUAUCCAGUAAUUUUCCACGCAGGUGCAAUAUUUAUUAUAUUAGGGUUCUUUCCCUCCCUGGCACGCCCCUCUUCCGAUGCUAUCAAUCAUGGUAUCUAGACUGUGCUGCUGGAGUAACAUGAGGAGGAGCUGUAGUAUCUCUCUGUGUUUGAGGGAGGACCAUAACUCUGUUGCAGAGGAUCUGCUCCUCCUGCUCCUUGAUCUAGGAAUGUCCAUUGUCUAAAACCUUCAGGAGCUGCUACUGGUCAGUGUGGGCGAUGCUGAGCUAGAUGGACCAGUGACCUGACUCUGUGCAAGGUAGCUUCCUAUGUUCCUAUGAGGCAUGGUGCUACAGUGCCUCUGACCUUUCUGGAGGGCUGGAUCUGAAAGGUGAUGUUGCACCUCAUGGCUGUUGGGGUGGCUGCCUCAGGGUUCCAGCCUUCCCCUCAUGCGUUCUGAAACAUCUAUGUGAAAUCUCUAGAGCAAGUCAUCCAGAGGUUUGAGAUGAGCUGUCACCACCAGCGUGCAGAGAACACUCAACUCCUUUCCAUUUGCUAAUCCAAAGGAGGUAGGGUUGGGGUGGGAUGGUAGGGCAAAUAUCUUGAAACUUAAUCUAGAUAAGAUGGAAGUACCGUUGGUUGGGAAGACCACUAAUGCAAACCGAGGUUUGCAACCAGUUUUCGAUAGGGUUGCACUGACCCUGAAGGAAUCGGCUAUUUGGUUUUACUCUUGAGUAAAAGCGAAAUUAAAGAACCUAAUUGAGGGCUCAUCCAAGUUUCCACUUGUCCCGAGCAGAUCCACUAAAGGUUAUCUUGCAAAUGCUAGAGGUGUUCAGUAAGUGGUCUUGGUCAUCACCUAAUUUUUACAGAAGAGACACUAUGAGCCUCCUGCCCCACCAUCUUGCAAAACAAACCACCAGGAAGGCCCGUUGCCACGUGCACCAGUCAUCCAGCAUGCUUCCUUUUGCCUCCAGGUUCACAGUCAGUGUUAUAAAUUAGCCAGGCGCCAGGUGCGUUUUUUGCGACUGGGCGCGGAUCCACAUGUGACCACCUGGGAGAUCUUUGGAUGCCCGGUUGGCAACUAGGGAAAGCAGAAUGUCACUUAGAGAAGGAUCUGACAUAUUUUCCUUGAAACUUGAAAUUCUUUUUAUUCUGGAUUGUUUCAUUUGAAGUUUUAAUGUGUUGCAAACUGCUUUGAGAUUUGUUCUUUAAAAUAUAAAGCGGUAUAGGAAUGAAGUGAAUAAAAAUAAUACUAAUAACGAACUUCAUUGGAAAAGAAAUGCGCCUAGACAUUCCAUUGUGGCGACCGUAACCUACGUUAAAGGCGCCUUUUAGCGAUUAGAUUAUACUGUAUAUUUGAAUUUCUAACAUAGUUGGCAACUGCUUGGGGUGUGUGUGUGCAGGAGGUAACUCAGUGGUAAACCAUUUGCUUUGCAUGCAGAAGGUCCUUGGUUCAUUUCCCCCCAGCACCCCUAGGUAGGGCUUGGAAAAAUUCCCUGCCUACAAUGCUAGAGAGCCACUGUUAGUCAGAGCACACAAUACUGAGCUAGAUAGACCCAGUAGUCUGACUCAGUAUAAAACAGCUUCCUCUGUUCCCAUGCUUUUAAGGUUGCAGUAUUUGACCCUGGAGUACCCCAGUUGAUAUUCCCUACUCGAUAACUUGCAUGCUGCUGUGCGGAUGAAGUAUAGAAUUGGAGUGUGUGUGUGUGUGUGUGUAAUCUCUGAAAUUAUGUAUUUUGACCACACAGCAUUUUAAUGGCUUCGAUUCUAGCGAUAGCCGGUGUUUGUGUGCUGUGCGGGGGAAUCUUGGAAGUCACGCUGACCUUCAGAUCCGCAAGAGCGUUGGCCAUCAUUCCAGACACUAAAUCUGCAGGCGUCAGUUAUAUGACAUGCUCUGUGAACUGGAUUAUAUACGAGUGUUUGUACAUAUAUUUAUAUUGUGUGUGUGUGUGUGUUUUAUCUGUUUGUCUUUUUUCUCCAGUUUGAAACCCUCUGGUUAUUUGGCACAGUAGGAAUUCUGUGUGCUUUUAUAGGAAAUGAUUUGCAUCUCUUGUGUUUUGGCCCGCUUUUGAUGUUAUUGAAAUUAGUUGCUGUAUUAAAUCUCUUUUUUAAAAAAACAAUGACAACGAAAACUAAAAUGACAGUCCUAGACAGCACUUACUCACAAGUAAGCAGGGGAAGUAGCAAUUGAUGCGGAUGAUUGGGCCUAGCUGUCUGGGAGGCAGACUUUCACAAAGGGCAUAAAGAAUCCAUUUAUAAAGAAAGCCAUUCACACAAUUGCUAAUUGUAUGAGUGGCAACUGUCUAAAAGUAAAUCGUAGGUGUAAAUUGGUACCGUGACAUGGGGGCCAUGUUGUCUUUUUUUUAAUAAAAAAACCUUUGUCCCCACUGCAGUCAUAAUUUGGACUGAGGUUUCCAUGCCCAAUAUUUACAUUGGAGAUUUUAGUUGGAGUGAAUGGGAAAACAAAAAAUUAAAAGCAAUCACACCCCUUACCAUGCAACUAUUUUAUCAGUGUUGGUAAUAAAUAACGCACCAUUUCUGAUUAGCACUUUCAAGUGUGCAAAGUGCUUCUUGCCUACAUUAUGCAGUUGCAAUCUUUACCUAUAAGGUAGGUUAGUGGCAUUGUCUCCUAUAUUGCAGGCGGCAGUGGACUGAGUCUGAAAGAGAGAGAGCGUGUGGUAAGAUUUGAACCCAAGGGCUUGUUGCUCAGUCUCUUAGCUUCUCCGCUAAACCACUUUACACCACUAUGACACUACCUUCCCCCAAAGCAUUCUGGGAGCUGUAGUUCGUUAAAGGUGCUGGCAGUUGUUAGGAAGCCCCUGUUCCCCUCAUGGAACUACAGUUCCCAAAGUGGCUUUACAAUCAGUACCUCUUCCCAGGGAAUUCUGGGAAUGGCUGUGCCACAGGACCACACAGUUGUUGAGCUGAAAAUUAGCAAUAGCAAACAUUUGGCUUGAAAAGGUUUUUUGUGAAGGUGAAAGGUAUGCUGAUGAGCUCAGUGGUGUAUUUUGUUUCUUUCCUAGAGCUGUGCUGAAAUUUUCACCUUCAUUUCCCUCCCCCCGCCAACCACUCUCCCAUCAGUUAGCGAGAGAAGAAAUUGUAUUUGAAAAUUAUCAAAAGGAAGGGGGAAAUGUUUUGGUGAAAUUCCACUGUGGAGGGCUUUUGGUGUUCUUAAUUUACCUUUGAAGAUGCCCUUUUAUUUCAUUCUGCAAAUCAUCUCUCCAGUGGCCUGGACCCUGCAGCCCAGGGGCAAGACACCAUGAGUUAAUUCUUCCCGUGAGCUGAAAGUGUGGGCAGCCAGGGAAUCUGCAAUGUGCUGGAUAAAUGUUUAUCGGAAAGAAAGAAAGAAAACCCCUCAUGCAUCACACUUGGCCACCUCUGAGUUCAAAACCCUUCAGCCAACGCAGUUCUUAAAUGCCCUCCGAAUGAGGCAGAAAAACAGAAACCUCUUUCCAAAGGGAAGACAACUUUUGAGACAUUGGAGGAUGGAUUUUGGCACAGAACCAGCUUUUUUCACCUCCAUAUUCACAGUGCUGACGCUUCUCCCACCAGCGAUGGCAGUUUUUCUCGAGACAACAGAGAGCUGCCGUGUAUUUCCAGCAGAAAUUCCCUCAGAAAUGCUCAACGCCAUGAUGUAACAUGGCUCUGAGGGAGCUUGUGGGUAAACGAAAAAAACAUGAUGGUAGCCCAAACAGUGUCACGUGGUGCCAAAAUGGCCAACUCUGGCUUUAAUUCCCCAAACUGGAGGGAAAACCAGAGGUUUGUUUUGAUGCUGAAUGGUCAAGGGCACUGAGGGCCACUGCCUCCCAGCCCCAAAGCGGCCAGACCCAGAGGCAGAGAUCUUCCCCAUAACUGACAUGCUCCUAAGCAGAGGGCACCUGUGGAGAUAAUGGAUGCCCGCUUCCUAGCUCCAAGGUGAAGAGGAAGGCUUUGACACCCUCACUGAACGGCCAUGGGUGAUUUGCCUUCUUGGGGAGGAUGGUAGGCAGCUGGCCCAGGGGUAUCUGUCAGGCCGCACAAUGACCACCUCAUCCAGUUUCCAGAAUAUUCCGAGUCUGCUCCUAAAAUGGCUCCCCUUCCAUCGUACACAGGGUUCAGACCUUGGAUUGAAUUUGGGGCAGAAUGAGACCCCAUCCCUAAUUUGAAGGCCAGGCUUCUUGUUUCUACUGCCACAUGGAGUUCAACCCACAUUGCUCCACGUCGUGGCUGCUGUGUGUGAAGCGAGACGGCUGCAGUGGGUUUGGGGUGACAUUAAGGGUGAUGGGAUGGGAGCCAGGACAGAUGGUGUCCUGUGGGGCAGAAACAGAACGGUCUGCUGUGCAAGCUCAGCUGCAGUGAGCUCUUGCCCAGCUCUGCCUCCCCUUUCAGUGAGGCUCCUGCAAGAGAAACCUGCAAGUGGAUUUUCCCCGAUGUUGAUUGGGUAUGUGCAUCAUUUGGAUUUCCCACCUCCAAACCAAAUUGCAUACUGUAGUUACGCUUCCCCAACCCCCACCGCCUCAAUGAGGAUUUCUAUUGUCAAGUUGUUUAUUUUCAGAAAAUGCAACUUCCAAAUUUCACAGGAGCUUUGCAUUCCAUGAGAAUUUUAAUCAUCACAAGGGUGGGUUUUUUUUUGGGGGGGGGGCUUGUUUGUUUUAAAAAAGCGACUUUCAAUUUACACACCUAAAUUUCAGAGGAGCUUUGCCUGUCCCUGCUCAUCUGGAUAAGCAAAUAUUUCGAGCAUUGUUUUGGCAUGUUUUUUUUUUGGGGGGGGGGGGGAAUCCCAUUUGUGUGGAACGCAGGGGUGUUGGGAAGAGCCCUAAUGUGCAAAGGAACAUGGAAGGGGGACAAGUCAGGUACUGUUUAACUCCUUCCUUCCUGCAUCUGAGCUCUCUUGCAAGGCUUGCUUUCUCUCUCUCUCUCUCUCUCUCUCUCUCUCUCUCUCUCUCUCUGUGUGUGUGUGUUUGCGCAACUGCGUGCCUGCACUGUGCACAGAAGAGGGUGUGUGGGCCCUGGCUCAAGUUUACGUGGGAGCCACGGUGGCCUCCUGCAACAGAUGCUCUGUGGUGGAUUGCGCUGCACUGACUGCCCUUUUCUCCUCUCCAACCCCCUCCCUGCUUUUCCAAGCACUUAGGCUUAAUUAAACAUCUUCCGAAUUGGCUGGACAAGGAACUGCCUGGACCUGGCUGCAUGCCACCCCUUGCAGGGUGGAGAGGCUUUAGAUGGGGACACUGGCAAAGGGCUUGGAUUUGUCACAGUCAAGCAACAGCACCCCCUCCCCAUCUUCAGUGGAAAGGUUUCCCCCCCUCCCCCUCCGCCUUCUCCUUUGGGUUUCUUUUGGACAUACAAGCUCUUUAAUCUCUACCUACUCAUGCACUUCCCCCAAUUCUCUCCUAAUAUGCAUUCAGCCUCAACCAAGAUAGUCCAGGCAAGAAAUCGCUGUAGGUGUUAAUGCCUAGAAUCUAAGGAUAUCUCCUCAACCACCGUGCAUUCUGCUCAGCUCUGGUUGUUUAAAUGGGUUGGCUCUGUUAAAACCGGCAACUAGAAAUAUAUUUUUCUGACCCCAGUUGAGUUGCUGUCCAGUUCUCCUCUUGCUUCUCCUCCUCCUCUCCUAAGCACCUUUUGGCUCCCUGAUAAGGUGGAAGAAGGACUACACCAUUCCUAUUAAAUCGGGGAAAGUCUCAUAAAAAAGGAAAGGGCACACUCAGAUUGAUGACACUGAACCUUCGUUUGUGGGGAACGUCCAGCCUGCAAUGGCUCCAUCUUCGUUAGAUGGAAGGAGGAGUCAGUGCGGGAUGCAGAGCUAAACUGUAUACAUUCAGCAGCAUUGGGUGAUGCAACUGGUACGAUGCUGUACCAUUUCCAGCUGCAAAGGGCGGUGGGGGUGGGGGUGUUGCAUGUUUGAAUAACCUCCCAUUUAAAAGACAGAGAGAUUCCCUGUGCAUAGAAAAUAGCCUGUCAGAACUGCGCUCGCGCUCUCUCUCUCUCUCUCUCUCUCUCUCUCUCUCUCUCUGUGUGUGUGUGUGUUUAAUGUUGGAGGCUUUUAAAUGUCCAAUUUCCCAGCCUGAGAUGGUGUACUCCAGCAAAAGCUGCAUCCUGAAGGAAGCAAACUUGAUAACCUGCAAGAGGUGCUUCUCCUGCUGGCAUUCCACCGCCGUCUCCCCACCUCCCCCCAAAAAGACUGUUCAUAUACUCAGGGUGGUUGCACACUACAAUGUUUCCAGCUUUUAAUGCACUCAGAGUGAAAAUAGAUGAAGCGUUGAAUGUGGAGGUCUGUCCUGUGCGCUGCUGUUCACUGUAUAAAUGAAGGUGGUUCCUAACUCCCAUCCAUUAAUCUCAGGGUCGAGCCCCAUGUUGGGCAAAAGAUUCCUGCAUUGCAGGGGGUUGGACCAACUCUAUAAUUCUAUGAAGUGCAUAAAUAAGCUGGAUAAGGACCUGAAGUCUCUCCCCAUCCCAAAUACACACACCAAAAAAGAGGCUUUGUGUCACUCUGUAUUAAAUACAUUUCCCCCACAAACUAACUUCAACUUCAGGCUCCUUAAUGGUGAGAUCCUGUGCGUCCAGUGCAUUUGUUUGGUCUCACUUCCUGGUGCAUGCACAUAGGACCUUAUUCUUUUGCACCAGCAGUAGAGAACUUCUCUACACUUCUUUUUGCCCAGGUGGAAGCCUUGCACGAAGUGGCUGUACAGGAGUGGAACUUUGGGAAAUGAAAGGAUGUGUAUGACCUGGGGAUGGGGCUUGAGACGUGUGCAUUCGCCUGUUUUGGGUCUCUGUGUGUACAAGACGCCCUGCCCCCAUCAGCUCCUCGCAGGCUGGCCAAUUGGUGGUUAAUUACCCCUUAUUGUUAGCAUGGGCUUAGCUAAACCCUGCUAAUUCCUUCUAAUUUGUCCUUGUUGAUCAGGUGAUGCAGGUGGUAAUGAGAUGGGCAGAGAGUCUCCAUCUGUCUAUGCCCUGGUGUGGGUGGGUUGGGGUUUUUUGCUGCUGCCUCCCCCCCCCCAAGCAGUUUCCUCCACCUAUGCAUUCUGCUUUAUUUGUUGAGUGGGGUGGGGGUUGUUCUCUCAGGAGCAGAGCACUCUAGGCAAGUAGCAUUAGAGGGCAGAAUCUAAAAACUUGGUGACUCAGCGCCCCCCUCCUUCAAAACAACUCCCCUUGCCAAUUCUCCCCCAUCCUCUAAGGAGCAGCCAGUGGAGCCCCUGCCAUCCAGGCUUGCAACUCUACCUGUUCUCAUUCAAAUCUCUUUAGCCACAUCCCUGCCUCCUUAGGAUAAAUAUUAGAAGAGGCCUGGAUUCAAAUCCAGCCUUCAGCCAGGAGCUUUCCAGGUGACCUUGGGGCAACUCUGUAAAGUAGAAAUAAGAAGCUUUGCCUAUUUUGCAAGGGGACAUUCUGAGAAUGCAUGCAUGCAGCUGAAUAGACCAUAUCAGGUUUGUCCCCCAGUGUGUGUGUGUGUGUUUUUCAUUCCCUUGCCUUAAAUCCGUGGAUGCAGUUGAUACUCUGUGCAACUGCGGUGGAGAAUGACCAUCUUAAAUUUUAAAUUAGUGCCCUUUAAUUGGUGUAGCUGUUCAGUUUUAAGAUGUGUUUGGGCACAUCUUCUGAUUUUUGGGGAUGCCCAUUGUUGGCUGUCUGACUGUCUUUCCUCCAGUUUUCUCCCCCCCCCACUUGGAAUAGGCAGUAGCUGGGGGGCAGGGGGCAACCCCCCAAAUCAAGUAAAUCAAUAAAAAUACCUGACUGAGGUUCUGGCCUCCCUCCUCAGCAUAAAUCCUGACUACACCCAUGGGCAGUGGUUGCGUGAAUAUAGCAUCCCAAGUGUAUGUUCUCUCAGAAGGAAAGAUGAGACCAUGAGGCCCCCUCCUUCAGCCUAGCUAAGGCCAAGUGCCAUUUGACUCUUCCCCUACCCAAACUGUCCAUUUGACAUAGCUGCAGCAGAGGGAAAGAUGGAACAACAAGUGUUGUUGUGUCAGUGAAGCUAGCACCAUUUGGUUCCUUCCAUCCCGGAACUGCUUUCAUUCUGUUAAAGUUUUUUUAAAAAAUAAAUUAAAAAACCCUUUGAAUCAACUAAAAAAGCUGCUCUUAUUGGUGACAGCCUUGAACAUCACUUGACGGAAGGUUGGGUCACAGGUUUAAUUUAAUAACUAACGAGUUAAAGUAUAGCUCCGUUGUAGGUAUUUCUGUUAGAUCAGGGUCAUUCUGUAUGAUGGAUGUGUUUGUGUACUUUAAUGAACUGAACAGAGUGAAAGAUUAUGAGUCAUUGUGCAGGGAGAAGAGAGUGUGUAGAUUUAGUACAGUCGUACCUUGGAAGUCGAACACAAUCCGUUCCGGAAGUCGGUUCAACUUCCAGAUUGAUUGGAAACCAAAGCGCAGCUUCCGAUUGGCUGCAGGAAGCUCCUGCAGCCAAUCAGAAGCCGCGGAAGCCCCAUUGGAUGUUCGGCUUCCAAAGAAAAGGUUCGAAAACCGGAGCACUCACUUUGAUCAGGAGCCAAUUUGUUUGGGAACCAAGGCGUUUGAGAUCCAAGGUACGACUGUAUAGGGCAGGCUUCCUCAAACUCAGCCCUCCAGAUGUUUUUGGCCUACAACUCCCAUGAUCCCUAGCUAGCAGGACCAGUGGUCAGGGAUGAUGGGAAUUGUAGUCUCAAAAAACGUCUGGAGGGCAAAGUUUGAGGAAGCCUGGUAUAGUGCUUUGCUUAUUUUUUAAGUUUUUUUAAAAAUAUUGCUUUAUAAAUUAUAAAAAUGCCUUAUUGAUUUGUCAGUCUUAUGACUUAGGCUGUAAUUGUGAUGUUUCGCUUAUGUACAUAUAUAUAAUGUACAUAUAUAAAAUACUGCUAUGUUGCCAUCAGUGGAACUGCCAGCCUUGACUGUUGAGAUGGUGUCACUGAGGGCACAAAAAAAGUUCUGUGACUUGUGAGUUGCUGGGUGACGUGUGUCAUCAUUGCAGAGGCGAGGAAGGUCAGAAAGCAAUUUAAAGUUCUCUUGUGGAAGCACCUUAGUUUGCUAACACCUUUUGUCUAUAAAACACAUGUAAACCAAUUUGAAGCUGGUUCUACUCUCUCAGACUGCUUCAGAGAUCCCUGGGAACAGCAGUUUGCGGAAGGCGCCGGAACAUCUGCGUUGCAUGUUCCUUGUGCUCUUGGAGCUGCCAUUUCCAAGGUUCUGAUAAUUGUGACAGACCUAAUUCAAACAAACAGUGGAUGGGAGAUGGGGAAAUAGUCACCUCUGUGUAUUUGAAUGUGUCGACACUGAGGCAAACUUUUAGCCACCCCUCUGACAUACUAGAUUUUUGUGUGCAGGGAUUUAUUUUACCGGGGCGGGAGAUUCUCUAAGCCGUGGUCUGAAGUGGCACAGUCUAGCAUGAGUUGUAUGAUGUGCCCGAUGUGUAGAGUUAUGAUAUUUUCCGGUGGGGAGCAGUUAAAUAUGCAAGCCCCCUGUUGUCUUUAACUACAUGGUCGAGGUACAGAUUUACCAUCCGCUGUGCUGCCUGCCUAGAUUCACCUUUUAAAAGGACUGCAACUAGUUUAAGGUUUUAACGUAGAGACAUCCCAAAAAGUCCUGUUAAAUUUGUUGCUGUUAACAUGCCUGAAAAAUGUUGUCCUAGGCACCCAAAUAAAAAUGUUUAGGUGCUGCCCUGACUAAGAAUGGGAAAGCUUUUGUUUUGUUUUCUAAGUUCUGUGUCACACCCUCGUCACGUGCUUUCGCUUGGCGGGAAUGUAUAAUUGAACUGGGAUAAAAACUCUUGCUUGCCUUAAUGUUGUAUGCGUGUGUAGAAAGCUCCGGCUUUUGCAUGGUAUAACCUACUGUACAAAAAACAACACUACCAGAUUUGGAUAGCUCGGUUGGUUAGAGCAUGGUGCUGAUAAUGCCAAGGUUGCAGGUUUGAUCCGUGUAUGGGGCAGCUGCAUAUUCAUGCAUUGCAGGGGUUGGACUAGAUGAUCCCCCUUCCAACUCUACAAUUCUGUGAAAAGCAAGAAUGUGGAACUUGUGGACCUCCAGAUGCUAUUGGACUACAACUCCCAUCCGCCCUGAGCCAGCAAAGCCAAUGGAUUGGGAUGAUGGGAAUUGUAGUUCAGCAACAUCUAGAGGUCAGUGAGCUCCCAUCCCUGGUACACAUGGAAGACUAAAUCCACUGCCCAUGUUUGCCUGUGGCCAGCACUGCCACUAGCAUGCGGCCCUUGGAAAGUUGCCAAUGAGGGAAUGUGGCCCUUGGGUUGAAACAACUUCCUCAUUUCAGACUGCCUACAUUCCUCUUACGUAUGGUCUAACUUAGGUACAUUGCUGUCAGGCUAGUAAAAAAGUUCCAUGGGCUUGUAAUUUUUUUCAGAUUCGUUUGCAAGGCUGUAUUAGAGGAGAAGAGGGUUGUUGAGGGUUUUUUGUAGUUAAAGACCUGGGACUUCAGCUUUACAGAGACGAAUAAGGUCUUGUGGGUUUGCGGAGUGUGGGGAGGCUUGGUGUCAGGACAUUUGGAUUCCGCCUGCACUUCUGCAUAAGGUGGGUCUUGUGUGUCGUUUUGGAACAGGCCGGGAGCCAAGACUCUGGGGUUCCCUUCCCAGCUUCAAAUGCUGGAAGCAAAUGGGGCCUAGCUGCUUGCUGCAGUUCCGACAAUGCUGCAUUCUUUUGGGGGAAAUGGCUUGCUUGAUGCUGGACAGAUGCAAAAUUGCCCCUGCCUGCCCUGCUUGAUCCGCCACGCUUGUCAGCCUUAGCCAUGUACGUGCGUCUUCUUGAAAUGCGACCACAACCAUGCGGAAGCUGCUCUUGUGUGGCAAGCAGAUCUGUGCAGAGCUGGUUUAGACGCAUUCUUCGGCGAUCUCCGCUGGUACACAACCUGCAAACGGCAAGCAAUGAGGAUUCACACCAGCGUGAUGCAAAAAUUCCUGUGGCUCACUUGAAGCAUUUGUUGCGUGUAAGGAAAGCGAGGGUCUCUCUCAUUAAUGGGUGCUAGAGCUUGUAGGCUUGGCCACAAACUGAACAGAGAAACCUGUGCCUUAGGCAAAUAGGAGAAAGAGCCCCAUGCUGAUAGCAUGAGAGUUAUUGUGGCUCCCACUACCCUCUUUGCAAAUGGUGGCUUUCAGUUUGAUAACUGGAGCUGCGUACACACCGUACCUUUUAAAGCAGGCUGCCAAAGAACCCUGGGAACUGUAGUUUUGCUUGCUGGUUUCCCAGAGCCAUCUGGUUGGCCGUUGCGAGAACAGGGUUUUGGACUAGAUGGGCCAUUGGCCUCUGAUCCAGCAGGCUCUUAUGUUCUUAAGUCUAGGACUUCUAUCUCUGUGAGAAGUUCUUCCACCCACACAGCUGCAAUAAGAGUGCUGGGGUGCUGGUUGAGAAAAGGGGCUCUCUUUUUUUAACCCACCCCUUUCCCCUUCAUUUGACCCAUUCAUUUCCUCUAUAUCACAUUGAGCAAGAGUUCCAGUUUGUGGGAUUACGGCUCAGCCCAAAAGCUGUCAAGAGGAGCCCUGGUUCGUGGGCCUGACCUGAGCCCAAAACAGGGAGGUUACGACCCUGAGUGCUCCGUGCCUCUCGUGUCUCAGAGAAGGGAGUGGGGGAAGGAAUAGAGGACCCUGUGUCCAAGCCAUAUGCUGCAAAGAAUCUCUCUCCACCCUCCCACCCCCCUUGUGCCCCUGUGAAGGACAUGGAUUCUGUGUACGUCCUUGGCACGCUGCCAGUCUCUAUACUUGGCAGUGGCUGGUGUGCGCCAAUCCCAUAUGGAAUAAACACUCGUCUCUGCUCUCCCACAUAUUUACACUUCAUGGUAUAGGUUCCACAGCUUGGAGGGGGGCGGGAGGGGAGAGGGUUGGGACACUGCGCAGGAAUGGCUAGGGAGGGUGAAAGCAAAGGAAAAUCCAGUUAGGAGGCAAAGUCUUGGGAGCUGGUAACUGGGGAGAGACGCUUGAGAGCUGGUAGGGUAUAUAAUGGUUAGAGUGUUGGACUGUGACCUCGGAGACCAGGGUUCGAAUCCCCACUCAGCCGUGAAGCUCAUUGGAUGACCUUGGGCCAGUCACCAUCUCUUACCCUAACCUUCCUCACGGGGUUGGUGUGAGGAUGAACUUGGACGUCUGGCAACCCUUAAAGUGAGCUGGGGAACAGGAAAUGCCAGGUUCAAAACUCUCACUUGCUGCAAUUUCAUCCGGAAGGCCUUAGGGAAGCCACCUCUCUCCCUGCCUCACCCUUCAUUUGCAGUGUGUAGGUUAUAAUAAUGGCCUAUAUUACAGCCAAAUAAUGUAUGUGGAGUGCUUUGAACACUCUUUAUAAAAGUGCUGUGCAGAUGCUGAACUUUGCCACUUUCCUCUUUUUGGGAACCUUCUUGCUUAUUUGGUCAGGGAUUUGAUAUUCCGAGCCUCUUUCUCUUAUUACCUGAUUUAACGGGCAAGGGAUGACCUCCUGAAUCCUAGGCCACAUUCACAACACACAUUUAAAGCGCUGUGAUAUACCUACUACCUUAAAACAACCAUGGCUUCCACCCCUCCCAAGAAUUCUGGGAGUUGUAGUUCCUUAAGGGUGCUGAGAGUCAUUAGGAGCCUCCAAUUCCCCUCACAGGAUAGAUGGCUAAACCACUCUGAAAACUGUAGCUCUGUCUGCGAACGACACUGCUUUAAAAGUGGUAUCGGAGUGCUUUGAAUGUAUGUUUUGAAGGUGGCCCUGGUAUACUCUCCGUCUAGCUUGAUCCUUCUCGGAGCUGGGAAUACUUCUGUUGCACUGUUUCCCCAGACUCCAUCCUUGCAGUGCUUUAACCAGUUGCUCCCACAGCUAUGUCCCAGAAACAGAAAACAUCAGCCAAGCAUUCCCUGUGCCUCCCUAACUCAUAUCCAUUUCCCGCACUGGGAUCGAGGAAUCCUUGCUCUAACUUGCAUACUUUCAAAAAACCUGUGGGAAGAGAAAAGAAGUUUGCCUUUCAACAUGCCUGGUUCUCCUCCCUGGGGAGCCCAUGGCACCUGCGUGGUUUUUGUGGUUAAAGUGUUGGACUAGGACCAGGACUUCUUCGGGAGGGAAGGUGAAUUAAAUAAAUAAAUAAAUAGGACCUGUGUUCGAAUCUCCACUCAGCAAUAGAGCUCCCUGGGUGACCCAGGGGCAGUGCCUGUCUCUUGGCCUAACCUUCCCUAAGAAAGGGAAAUGUCCUUUGCUAUUAAGUCUCCUCUUGGCCCUGUCCUGACCAAUAGUCUCCGCUCCCUUGUAAGAGCUGCAGAGCGAACCCAGGAAUCUUAGUGGUCUCGGUUGUUGUCCUGCACACAUGCCCUCCCCCCCCCCAAAAAAAACUUUUCUCUAUUCCUGGAACUAGAGUCUAGCCGUUCUGUGACUGAGACCACACACUCCCUUCCCUGCCCUGUUAUAACCAGUUGCUUCCACUCCUUUCCAAGUGCUGGGAACAGUAAUACUUUAGCCCUUUUAUAGCGUUGAAAACACGUCCUGUAUAUUAUAUCCGUAAUCGUCACACUGACCCUUUAAGGUAGGUCCAUGUUUAUUAUCUCCAUGCUGCAGAUGGGGUACUGAGGCUGGCAGAAUAAUAGGAGGUUGCUUAAGGCUACCAAGGUGAGUUCCUGACUGAGGAGAGAUUUGAACCAGGAACUUCUCAGCUAGGUUGGCUGGGGGGAGGGCAGAGCCCCCAAAAUCCAGGAUUUUAGAGGUGUCCCCUCUUACCCUCUACAGUGGUACCUUGGGUUACGUACGCUUCAGGUUACAUACACUUCAGGUUACACACUCCUCUAAGCCAGAAAUAGUGCUUCAGGUUAAGAACUUGGCUUCAGGAUAAGAACAGAAAUUGGGCUCCGGCGGUGCGGCGGCAGCAGCAGGCCCCAUUAGCUAAAGUGGUGCUUCAGGUUAAGAGCAGUUUCAGGUUAAGAACGGACCUCUGGAACGAAUUAAGUACUUAACCCGAGGUACCACUGUAUAUAGCUCUUCAUUACCAGAACUAGAAAGCAGGGACCCAUAUGUUUCUCCUCCUGUACCCCCACCUGCAAUGGGGUACAGAACCCAGAUGUCCUAGAUCACAUCCUUCCUGCUGCCUGCACCCCAUUUGUCAAAGCACCUGGGAAAUAUCUCUGUCCAUAGAGCAUGAGAUUCUUAAUCUCAGGGUUGUGGGUUCGAGUCCCACGUUGGGCAAAAGAGCCCAGCAUUGCAGGGGGUUGGACUAGGAUGGCCCUCGUGGUCCCUUCCAUCUCUACAACUCUAUGAUUCUGAGGGUUAGAAACAGAUCUUUGGAGUCGUGGCCUGUCUGCUGUUCUGCAAGGGCCCAAGGAUGCAGCGCUGUGAGAGUUAACUCUCUCUCUCUUUCCCCCACCCCUUCUCCCCCAUAUCUGUCUAGGGCUGGGUCAUGCCAGAAACUGACUAAGCCGGAUUGUGCAACCAUUUUUCUCCCCCACCCCCAGCUGCCUGGGGCUGUCUGCUGCUGCAGCAGCAGGCAAACUGCUUAGGGGCUGGGGGCUGAGUGGUGGGGUGGGGGCCUUGCAAAGGGGAGAGGUGUGCCCAGGGUGGGGCAGCCAGGUGGCCAAGGGGGAGAACAAAGAAGGGAGGGGGCCUUUCCUCCCUAUUUACCCAGCCUUCAGUGUUUGCUCCGGAUGGGUGGGAGAAAUGGAGUGUGGAGAAAGGGGAGUGGAAUUGAUCAAGCCUGAGUUUUUCUCUCUCUCUCUCUUUCUGCAAUUCUGGGAAGGGAAUGGGAGGGUGGCUAGUGGGUUAAAAGAAGGCUGUGGGAGAGCUGUCGCUCCCAGCCCUGGGAGAAAGCAGACGCGAGAUAACUUGGAAGCCUAACACUUCCUUUUAAUUUGGCAUUGGUUGGCAUUGCAGAGCAAGUGAGGUGGCCUCUGCCCCAAGGAACUUGCAGUGUACUCUAGAUAGAUACAGACAAGGCCAUCAGCAGGGAAAUGAACACAGAAGGAAAUCCAUAUUUUCACUGCAGAAAAAGCUGGAUUCUGCCACUUCUAUAAAAUAUAUGGGAUGCACGCGAAUUAUCUCACCGUGCAUAAUUUUAUAUUCUGCACAGUUUGCUGUUUGGCAUAGGUGUUCUGUUAAUCCCACCCCUUUAACCAUGUGUACUGUAGCUUUAUUCAGCAGCACAUUUGACUUCUGGGAUUUCGGCAGGCAUUUACCUACAUAAUUUCAGACCUAGAUCGUCACAACCCCAUAAGGGUUAGAAACUUUAAGAAGAGAAGGAAAGUUGUGUUUGCUCUGCAAAACCUCAGUGUACACAGAGUCCUGGGGAUGAGCAGUUGGUUUGCAAGAGGCAGGUCUACCUUGUGUCCUACUAUACAGUCCUCUGUUCGAAGGAUUGUCUGAUUUGAAGAUGAAGAACCCUAAGAAGCAAGAGCAAGUGGGGGCAUCAAGAGUUAGUUAACAUGUGGGGUGCCCCCAGACUGGCAUUUUAUUGCAGGUGUAUUCUGCAACACGUUGUGUGACACAAUAAUAUAGUGCAUUCGUGGUGGAUUUAUUCUGCUUAAUCAGUUGUUUUGUGGCGCUUCCUCAGUGUUACCACACAAUUGCUGUCUUGCCGAGAUUUUGUGCAACAAAAGCGAGGCGAAACAACAACAACCCAGAACGUCUGUGAUACAAAAAGUUUCAGGAUUUCAGCAAGAAGUUACAGGAUAUGUAUGCACUGAUUGGAAGUGAACCAGCAUGACCACCCCAGAAUUUUUGCAAGUGCAAAGAGAAUCGAAAGCGGAAUCCCAUAUGACUGCCCUGACAGCAUCAUGAGCACAAAUGGCCAUCAAUGCACAAUAAAAAGACAUUUGGAGGGGGUCCCAGACAGCAGACUGAGCAGGCACAAAGGUCGCCUGCUCACAAUCUUGCCCGUUAUAGGCAAAUGCUUUUCCUUAACCCAAUUUAAAUCAUAGCAAUCAUUUCUAAAUUUGAAACUGUACUUAUAAUUCAGCAAACGCAAAUACUAUUCAAGCCUCUGCCCACCUUUUGUGGGCGAUGCAGCCUCUCUUUCCCAGCAGUGCACAAGUAACCACCCUAGGGGAGGGUACAGGUAGUUAUAGGGAGGUAUAGGCAAAAGAAGGGCGUUUUUUUGCUGAAGGCUCAGAUCUGCAUGCUCUUCAGCUGUCCUGUCUAUCCUUGCGAUCAGGCGGAAUGACAAAGAAUUCUGUGGCGCCCUGAAGAAUAAGUAAACGUGCUGGGGUCUUACUUGCUGGACGUAUUUGCACGAAGCAUAAGUUCAAGGUAGCCAAAUCUGGAGUGGUUAAGAGGGGACUUCAUUUCAACGUGUGCUUAAUCUUUCGGUAGUGAUUGCAUAUGAGAAGAACUAUGAGGGCAUGCAGUAUGUGCGUGCGCGAACACUUUUGAGUGUGGUUUUUGUUUGUUUGCAUUUGUUUAAAUUUUAUCCUUAUGGCAACCCUGUUGGAUAGAUUACGCUACGGCAUUUCCAAACUGCAUGCCGCAGGAGAGACUGAAAUGUAUAAAUAAGUUAAGCCACCAUGUUGGAUUGCAUCCACCGCCCUAUGCAGCAUUGAUUUCCCUCUCCCCCCCUCCCCCCCCUCGGUACUUUCCCUGCCAAUAUGUGAUGUCAUCUCCAGAGGAGUAUGCACCAGAGUUCCCAGGUGGAACUCUGUCCUUUGCAGUGUGAUGAGCAUGGGGAAAUUGUAGAAGCGCCUUCAUCACCCUGAAGGCACAUCCCUGUCCCCAGAGCACUGACUAGGUGAAGAGGAAGGUGGGGUGCCAUGCAUUAUAAUUAUUGACCGGGCUAUCCAGCAAUCUCUGCUUUUUUUCACAGGAACUGGGGGGGGGGGGAGAAUUAAAGGUGCAGCAUUCAGUGUGUAAAACUGAAGUUUGCUACCAUGUUUUAAUCUAGAAGCAAGAACUACUGCAGCCCUAAGCAUUAAAAAUUAGGGAAGCACUGAACUAGAGAUUAAUGGGACGAUUUGAACCCCAAACUCCUUGGGCAUUGAUCCACACAAGUUCUUUUCCUAAGCAGACAUUCAGGUGCAAGGGCGGUAUUGGCGAGGCAGAAUUGGCCGUCAAUGGUGGAUCGGUGUUUUCCUGAGAGAAUAUCUAAGCAGCUGAGAUCAUGGAAACUUAACUGGUGACCUGAAAAUCUUUUGUUUCUUUGCACAGUGAAAAGCUUGCACAACCAGGGUGUUUGCACAAUAGCUGGGGCGAGGGGGUGCUGGCAAAGAACGCCUGUAGACUCCCUAAGAGCAAUUGCACUAGGGCUGGUCUUGGGUGAAGCCUGCCUUUGUUCCAGUCUGUAAAAAGAGGGCGAACCUUGCAAUGCUUACUGGGGGGCAAGGAAGCUAGUUCUCUGGAGGAAAUUCAGCUUUCCACAGGCACAGUGCCCCACCGGUGCUUUCGGGCAACCAGGCAGGUGCAGUGUGAUUUUCGGCAUACCUUUAAAAUCCCAGCAGUGUCCAUGGCCUUCAUCAGCUUCUUGUGUGAAGAAAUGUAUCUGAAAACGAGCUGUUUGGUGAUGGGUGGAUUCUAAUUCUAAAUUUAUUUACUGUACUGAUUUAUUGUAUUUCUAUCCCUCUUUCCUCCCAGAUUUGGGACUCGAGGCCGAUUACAGCAUUUUAAAAAGCACCUUUUUAGAAUGCAAAGUAAUAACAAACAAGUUAAAGACAGAACCAGCAUCAAAUUACUGAUUUACCUGGCAGCGGCUCAGUCGUCUGCAUUGCCUGCAAGUGCAACCACUCUCAAACAGGAAGGUCUUAGCCUGCCAGCGGGAAGAUAGCAAGGAGGGAGCCAAGUCUAACCUCUCAUGGGAGGGAAUCGCACGAUCUGGGAGCAGUCACAGAAAAGGCUCUCUCUCAUGCCAUCAUUAACUGUGCCUCUAAUGUUGAUUGCACUGAGAAGGUACUCACUACAAAGAGUGAGCAUUCUCACCAAGGGAAAGGGGCAUAGCUCAGAGUCAGAGCAUGCAGAGGGCCUCGGGGUCCAUCAGUGAGACCUCCAGCUUGGGUUUGGAAAGACUCUUUGUCCGAUACCCUGGAGAGCUGCUGCUCCCGCCACCAGACCAAGGAUGGGGAAGAAGCUGUUGCUCUUCAUAUGUUUGUUUGGGCCACAGUUCCCCAUCAUCCCAGACCACUGGGUGUGUUGGCCGGGGCUGGAGGGCCAUAGGUUCCCCAUCCCUGGUAUAGACAGUGUUGAGCUUAGAAGACUCAAGUGGCCUGACUCAUAGCUUCCUGUGUUGCUUCUCCCCCGGAAGACAUGUUUCAAUGCUUCAUUUUAUCAGUUUACUCUACUCCAAACUUUUCUUUUACAUGCGCGAAAGCAUUAUCUUCAGAUUUACCGAACUGUUUAUUUUAGGAAGCAACAGUAUAAAUAUCUUCUUCCCUUCCUCCAUUUAGGAACAAUUAAGCUGGGGGUUUUGGGGUUGUUUUUUUUUAAAGAGGGCUGCUAAUUUAGCACUCUGUUCGCAAACCAUGCAGAUUUUGCAGGUUCAAUCCCUCUUAUCUCUAGGUAAGGCUGGGAAUAUCCCCAGUCUGAAACCCUGGAAAGCCACUGCCAGUCUGUGUAGACAAUACUGCACUAGGUGAACUAAUGGGUCUACUCAGUGUAAGGAAGCUUCCUGUGUUCCUUUAUCCCCCAGUUAAGAGGCUCUUGGGCAGCUGAACAGUGAAGGGUCUCUACUGUGCACUCUGGAAAGCAGCUGCCUGUCAGAGUAGACCGUAUUGGGCUAUGGGAACCAAUGAUUUGACUUGGUGUAAACCAGCAUUUUCUAUUUUCUAUCUGAGAUGCAGAUCUCACAGAGAAAGAUCUGGGAACUCUUUCUUUUUCCUGAGGAGGCAGUGCCUUUCGUCCUGGAUUCCUAGGAACGGUAGGGUUCCUCCGGAGUUUAUCAAGGGUUCCUCGCUGAGGAGAUCAGUUGACAGUAGCUCAGCUGCCCAGAAGACUUCUUGUCAACCCUUUUGCUGAUUGACCCCCAGCAAUGUGCAGCUGUUGGGGGUGGUGUUCUAGGGAUCACUCUCAGUAUGCGCAAAGUGAUGUCAUCACACAGCCCAAGUGCCAUAGCUGUGGGUGGGGUCAUCGUUUCAGAUUUUUGGAAGGUAGGGAGAAAAUAUUCCAGUUGGGGUGGAAGGCAAGAUUCACAGUGUAGCUCAAAACCUUGAUGGGGGGGGGUAAUAGGAAGGAAGUCAAGUUUUGAAAUGUUAGAAUGCCUAUAAAAUUACACUAUCAAAUGUAUAAACCUGAAAAAUAUAAAUCAAUCAAUCUUUGGGAUUCUUGUUUUUUGUUCAGCACUCUUGUGUAGAGAGGGUUUGUUGUGGGGGAGAGGGAAAGAGAGCAACCUUGAACCUUGCUGUAAGUCACAUCACCUUAGAAAAGCAAUCCCCAAGCACAUCCACUAUUCCGCACACCUAGUUUGCUUUCUUGCAAAGAGAGAGACAGAAAUUCCCCCUCCCUUCUCAGCUGUGCCUUUUCCACUUUAGCUUGCCAGUAGUAGGUUCUCCAUCAGCCCUGACAGACUAUGACCACAUUCACAACACAUAGCUAAGGCACUAUGAUGCCAUUUUAAACAGUCAUGGCUUCUCCCCCCCCAAAAAAACAACAACUCAGGGGUCUGUAGUUUGGUAUGAGUACUGAGAGUUGUUAGGAGACCCCUGUUCUCCACUCAAGAGCUACAGUUUGCAGCGUGGUUUAACCAUCAAUCCCUUUGCCCAAAGAACUCUGGGAAUUGUAGCUGUGUGAGGGGAAUAGGGGUCUUCUCCUAACAACCCUCUGCAUCCCUAAUGAACUCCAGAUCCCAGAAUUCUCUGGGGGAAGCCAUAAUGGCUUUAAAGAGGUAACCGUGUUUUAAAUGUGUGGUGUGAACAGGGACUGAGAUGUAAAAAUGAGGGAAGGAAGUUACUCCUUCAAUUUGAUGUGGUUUAUGGGAUGGGGAAAUGAGUACAACGUCUCACUAAUCCUCUUUUUAAUUUUAUUAUAGCACAUUCCUACCCUGCCUUUUCCUUCAAGGAGCUCAAGGCAGAACACAUGAAUCUCUUACCCAUCUCCCAUUUUACAACAGCCCUGGGAGGUAGGCUAGGUUGGGAUCACCCAGAAAAUUUGAAUCUGGAUUUCUUCGUCCUAGUCCAACACCCUAAGCCUGAGGUGGUUAAAGUGCUGACCUUCUGAGAUUCUUAGAUGACAAUACCCAUCAGCCCAGCCUAGGGCCAGCAGUCAGGAAUGAUAGGAACUGGAGUGCAACAGCAUCUGCAGGACAUUGCGCAUAAUCUUAAGAUUUGCUGGCCAGCCUACAGCUGCACUGGAGAAGCCAGAAUUUGCGUCUUAUUUGCAAAUGAGAGUGCAGAGGAUUUUGUACCUCUUGCAGAGGCUCUUGAUUUUUUUACAGGUGAAAGAAUUUCUUCCCAGCUGCCAACACGGAUUCAGAGGUAUAUGCACUGGGGUUCCUCAGCCAAUUAGUACAAAUAUGGGUUUGUAUAGCUGUGAAUGAGAGCAGGUGUACUGUUGUGUUUAAGUGUGUGAUGUGCAGAGUCCUUGAUUUAAAUCUCAGCCCAGCUUUAAAUUCACUAGGUGACUUUAGGUAAGCUGCUUUUUCUCUCUGUCGGCCUCAGUUCUCUAUCAGCAACAUGUAGAUAACAAUACAGCCCUACCUUUCCGGGUUGUUGUAAGGCUUACAACAAGUUAUUGGCUCAGUUCUGAUGCGGUUCUAAACCGUAAAGGUAAAGGUACUCCUGACUGUUAGGUCCAGUCACGGACGACUCUGGGGUUGAGUGCUCAUGUCGCUCUAUUGGCCAAGGGAGCCGGCGUUUGUCUGCAGACAGCUUCUAGGUCAUGUGGCCAGCAUGACUAAGCUGCUUCUGGUGAACCAGAGCAGCUCAUGGAAACGCUGUUUACUUUCCCGCCAGAGCAGUACCUAUUUAUCUACUUGCACUUGAUGUGCUUUCGAAUUGCUAGGUGGGCAGGAGCAGGGACCGAGCAAUGGGAGCUCACCCCGUCAUGGGAUUCGAACCUCCGACCUUCUGAUUGGCAAGCCCUAGGCUCUGUGGUUUAGUUUAGCACUAUUACAAGAUCGGACCAAAACAAGCUAUGGGUUUGCACACCCCUCCCCUGUGUGGCUUCAAGGAAGAAGUUGGAAGUCACCAUUUUGAUUACAUCCAACAAGGAUAAAUUGUUUAGUUUACACCAUAGUUGGUGAACAAGGCAGGAUUACAAACCAUGUUUCAAUCCUUGCUUGUUUCAAUAAACCAUAGUUUAAGCUAACCGUUUUUUCCAUUGUUUUAGAUAAAAACAAACUAGGGUUGAUUUAAAAAUGGAAAGCAAUUUCUUCCAUUCAUCACAUGGCUGCAAGGAGGGUGCGUGCAAGCCUGAUGUUCAUUCCAAUCCCAUUCUGCUAAACCAAAGAUGGGGAAUCUGUGGCCCUCCAGAUGUUGCUGGAUUCCAGUUCCCAUUAACCCCAGCCAGCAUGGAUGAUAGGAAUUGUAGUUCAGUUACAUCUGUUCCCCAUUCCUGUCCUAAAUAAUGGUUUAGCUUUAUGGUCUGAAGCAGACUAAUGUAUGUGGACCGCUUGGAACAGUUUAAAUGUGCUGUAUGAAUCUCGUUGUCGUCAUUAUACAGUUCUGCUCUUGCAAAAAAUAAUUUCUGAUUUAUGGAGUAAUUUGACAGUUUUUGUGUUAUGUCUUGCCCACUUUUUUUUUUUAAUUGACAUCUUAGGUCGAACUUUUCAAAAUUGCUUUGUGGAAAUGCAAACUGUAGAGUAUGUUAUGUUGCACUACUAAAAUACUUUGAGAAAGGAAAAAGGGGUUUUGGACCAAGCAGGCAAGGCUAUUUAUUAUUAUUUCAUAACAAUUAUACAAUGCCUGUUAUUAUAUUACAUUUCUAUUGAUGCUCUGUAAAAUGUGUUCUUAAGUGCUGUGCACUGCCCUGGGAUCUUUUGAUAAAGGGUGGCAUGUAAAUUGAAUUAGCAACAACAGCAAUAAAUAAUAAAGCUAAAGUGGUUUACAAAAAGAUACAACAAUAAAAUCAAGAAAAAUUCACAACCCCACUUCAAAACAUACAAAAGUUAGAAAUAACAAAACAUUAAAAUUACCUCAACUUUCUAAGCAUCUGGGUUGAAGCUGAAGUGCCCUUCAGUGAUUUGAAACCUAAUUUGUCAGGAAAGCCUCCUCCUUACCCAACCCAACCCAACCCAACCCAACCCCCUUCAUUUCAUGAUGAUAUUGCACCUGGGUUUCAAAAUGUGUGCAUUUCCUCUGGAAUUUGGCCUUUUCCACCACUCCAGAUUCCACCUUCAUAUUCACACGAGCCCUUACCACAGAUUUUGCUGCCAAAAUGCGGUUUUUGAAAUCCGAAACUGGUUUUACAAAAAUGCUUGCGCAUUUACACACAUACAAAUAUGUUCCCUUCUGGAGAGACCUCCCCCCCCCUCUCUUUUACACACACAGACACACACACGCCCCUUUAAGGUCAGCAUAAGAUCAUGUGUAGUGAGAGUCCUAUUUAAGGAGAACCUAUUCUUGGAUUGAAACUCUCCUCCCCCCUCUAUUCCUGACGAACAGCUAAAGCUUCAGCUUGUCUCGCCCACUCCCCACUUAUCCCUGCGACCCCCCCCCCUUCCUCUCUUUUUUAGCGGCUCUAUGCUGUACUUGCUGCUUUAUAAAUCCAUCAAAGGAAUUUCCCCCCUCAGCCAAGAAAAAUGUGACCUACUUUCCGCCUCUCUAGUCUCUGUCAAAGGCGCAGGCAAACAGCAUGGGCAGACAAGCCUCCGUGGUGGGGAGUCAUUCUUGCCCCUCAACCUUCGCUCUCAAGCGUGUAUUUGCUGUCCUGGGGUGUCCUUUUAGAGCCCCACUGCCUUGUUUCUCUGAGGAAGAGCGUUGUGGCUGUUGGACAUUGCCAAAGCUGGCAUCAGAUUGCACCACACUGUGAAGGUUUUUGUGCUGUUUUCUUUUUGCAAGGAAUUCUCCCCCACCCCCCAAUAAAAAGGAAGGAGAGUGGACUGCAGUGGGAAUAGUGGGGCAGUUUACAGGUACCUACAGCAGGGGUGGGUCAACAUUUGGCUCUCCCGAUGUUGCUGGACUCUCAGCUCUCAUCAGCCGCAGCCAGCAUGGUCAGCGGUCAUGGAUGAUGGGAGUUGUAGUCCAACUCCACCCUGACAUAUAGGAACACUUUCCCCUGUUUGUCCCAGGGGCAAAAUCUCACCCUGUGCAUUUCAAGGCUCCCAUUUGCCCUGCUGCUUUUCUCUGGGGAAACCUGCGGAGCAAGCAGCACUCGGGAAAGUUGUGCGGCACAUUUAAUACCUCAUGGAGCCAUGCCUAGAAAACACGGGGCAAGUGGAAAACCGCUUUCUGGACACGGGACAAGCAGAAGUAGGGACGAGCCCUCAGAGAUCAUUCUGGCACCUGGAUAAUAGGACACAUGUCUUUUGAGACAGAAAAUUGUGAAUCCACGUUGUGAUUCACUGUUAUUUUUAUUUUUUUUAAUGUACUCUUCUGUCAUUGCUGCUUCCUUUCCAUUUUAAAUCUCUCUAUCUGCACAAUGUCAUUGUGGCACAGGUCUUUAAGGGAGCCAUUUUACAGAUGAGAUCAACUGAGGCUGAUGGGGAACUGGCUUUCAUGGGGCUACCCGAGGAAUUAAUGGCUUGUGAGGGAUUUGAGCCCAAGUUGCCUCAUGGUGCUUGCCCAUGAGGACUGAGUAUAGAUAAAUGACUUGCCCAUUAAUCUGCCCUCCCCAAAAAACCCAUAUAUGACUUACCACUUUAAACUCUCAGACUUGUAGAAAGCCUCUCAGUUUGCCACCUGUGACAAAUAAGAACCGCUUCCAGGCUGGAACACUAUACACUUGUUCUUUUUUUGCAAAUUUUUGUUUAUGAGUAGGAUUUUGUGGCAAGUGGGUUAGUAAAAAUGUUGUAAGCCAUUUGCAAAAACCUUCUUGGUUUCCAGAGACAGGGUGGUUAAAAACUGAUAGGACAGGUGCCCCUUUCAGUGCUUCGCAAAAUAAUCCUAAGCAUGUCUCUUCCAAAGAAAGUACCGUUGAAUCUUGUGGGACUUACUCCUGUGCAAGUGGGUAAAGGAUUGUAUGCUGAGGGUGGCUUUUUCCAAUCCAUAGUACCAUGUAUGAGCACAGAAAACAGGGCAGGGUCAUUUUCCAGGUCAAUUAAUAUAGAGUGCAAAUGUUGAGAAGCAGUGUUUGAUUUCUUUAUAAAGAGUGAGGAGGAGAGAGAGAGGAGAUUGAGGGGUGAGGGGUUUUGUGGUUUUUUUUUGGUGGGGGAGUUUGCCAGAAAAUCUCAUCCUUCGCCCUGCCUGACCUGCAGCCUGCUAAUUCCUGGGUUGUGUAUGUGCUUGGCUGUGGAUUCCUGCUGGUGUGAACCAAAGGUGCUCCACAGUAUAUUGAGAGUAGGGUUGCCAUAUUGCAAAAAGUAAAAGCCAAAACACCCCGAAAAUUGUGUUAGGCAGACCCCCAAAAAUCCAGUCAUAUGGCAGCCCUAACAGAGAGGCACUGUUGCUUUUGUCUCUUCAUGUGUAUCAGGGAUGAAUCCUGUUGUGGAAAGCAGUCUCUGGGGUGUAGGGAGUCCUCCUGGUUCAAGUUAAGCUCUGAUCCACUAAACUACAGCUAAGUGAAGAGACAAAACCAGGAUUAAAUUUUUAAUGAUUAAAUACUGGGCCUCAAACUUGUUGGGGUACCAUACCUGAUGACUACCGCUACUACAGUAUUAUUUCUACUACUAGUAAUUAGUGUAUUAAUUUUGGGGAUGUGGUGAGUGAUUUAGCAUUCAUUCAUUCUGUGUGUGUGUGUGUGUGUGUGUGUGUGUGUAUAUAUAUAUUAAGCCAUCCAGUGAAUUCAUGGCGGCAUACAGAUGCUGGAUUACGGUAUAUUAUAUUUAGAUUAUCUUAUACUGCUAAUAUGUGUAUUGCUCUGCAACAUAAGCCCAAAAAGAAUCCCUGGCCUCAAGGAGCUUAGACUCAAGUUUCAGAGAGUGAGGAGAAGAGGCAGUUUCUGAUCUGGAAGACAUUCUCUCUUCUCCCAGAUGCAUGGAGGUAGACUGGAUUAUUUGGUGGCUAGGCCUGAAGUUCUUGCUCAGAGGAGUUGUUGCUUGCUAUAACAGUUCUGUUACAGGUUCCUAGACUGAGUCCUGACACUGAAAACUCGUGGUAAGUGCCUGACUUUGCAGAGGCGCUGUGUACAGCCAGCCUCUAGUUCCCUGUGCCCAGCUGUAGGCUUGAAGCGACCUGUGGGAGACUCGACUUCCUCCUUUCCGUUGUUGCAGAGGGAUGUGGAAACUGCAACAGCCUCUUUUUGUUGGUUUGUGUGGAGCAGGGAAGCUGUUGAAGGGGGUGGAUGUUGAAAGGAAUCUGCGGUUGCAUGUUUUAUAUUCCUGAGGAAGGAAGUUAUCACGAGGUAACUCGGUUUCUUCAAGGGCAAUUCUCCUGACUCUGCCGAGGAAAUUAGAUGGGCACUGUGCCACCUUCCUCCACGAGAGUGCGGCUGGAGUUCUGCAUGCCCAGGUAGGCCCAGAGACCUCCCCCUUCGCCCAGGAAUGGGGAACCUGCAGCCUUCCAGAUAUUGAUGGGACUCUAAUGCCCACCAUCCCUGGCAAUUGAGGGGAUGCGGGUGGUGCUGUGGUCUAAACCACUGAGCCUCUUGGGCUUGCCGAUCAGAAGGUUGACGGUUGACGGUUCGAAUCCCCGCGACAGGGUGAGCUCCUGCUGCUCCAUCCCAGGUCCUGCCUACCUAGCUGUUCAAAAGCACGCCAGUGCAAGUAGAUAAAUAGGUGCCCCUGUGGUGGGAAGGUAAACGGCGUUUCUGUGUGCUCUGGUUUCCAUCAAGGUGUUCCGUUGCGCCAGAAGCGGUUUAGUCAUGCUGGCCACAUGACCCAGAAAGCUGUCUGUGAACAAACGCUGGCUCCCACGGUCUGAAAAGCAAGAUGAGUGCUGCACCCCAUAAUCGCCUUUGACUGGAUUUAACCAUCCAGGGAUCCUUUACCUUACCUUUUACCCUGGCAAUUGGCCAUUUUGAGUGGGGCUGACGUCAGCUGGAGCCCAACAUCUGUAUAGGUCUGUAUAGGUCUCCACCCUGGCAUUAUUCACACCCUCUGAUGUUCUGAUAAAAUGUUGGUGACCCAGAUGUGUCCUUCUCUGGCAUCGGCUGCAGAAAGUUUGUUUUCUCUCUGUGUGAGGUUCCAAGAACUCAUUAGCUAAUGGAGCAAAUGAGCCCUUUAGUGUUGCUGCUUUUCCAGUUGCUCGUGUGUGUAAAAACCACAAAAAAAUGUACCGUACGUUUCUUUUGUGGUGCUGGAAAGGUUCCUUGUUGGGCCUGAAAGCAUCUUCAUCCCCCAAGGGGAUAGAAGUGGCAGUUUGUAUGUUAGGGAUAAAAACCAGGGAUCGUUAUUACCUAAGCAGGGUGUGACUUGACUCGCUUGCUUGAGACACCUGGAACUAUUUUUUUCUGCAGGUCUCUUUCCUGCAGGGUGUGAGUGCUCUAAGCUUCUAGUACACUAUGGCCUGGUUUGGGUGAGCUUAUCUUUGGCUGGACAGCAAGUGGAGCAACGUGUCUUUCAGCCUAUGUUGUGAGACUCGGGAGUGUCUGGUUCAAAUAAGCCCUAACCAUGGAAUCACUGGUUGGCCUUUGGGCAGGCUGCUGUUCUCUCAGCCUUAACUCCCAGCAGCCAUGGCCAUCUGCCCAGUGGGGAUAAGGAGUGCUCUAACUUUUGAUAAAAUUGUGAUAAGGAAUUAUGAAAACAUUGAUGAGAGAUGAGAGGCAGGACUGAGAUUUGGAAAUGCUUCGGAAUUCAGACUGUGGGAAGUCGCAAAAUUAAUAUUAUAAUUUGGAAGACAAUUUGAUUUUUUUUAUUUUAGUUUUUUAUUUUUAUUGGAUUGUGAUUUGAUAUGUUAAUUGGAUGUUUUUUAUUGGAAAAUUAAUAAAUACUCUAACAAAAGAAAAAGAAAAAGGAGUGCUCUAACUUUUAGGGCUGUUUUAAUAGUUACACAUCGAUGGCACGAGAGGCAGCAAUUAAUAGAUAGGAGUCAGAAGGCCCAUGAGCCUGGCUGAGGCUUGUUUGUCUUUGUUAUUUUUACUAGAUUUAUGUACCACUUGAUUGUAAUAAAACCUCAAAGUGGUUUACAAAGAGAAUAAAACAAAAAGAUGAUCAGUUUAAAGCCUGUUAAAAAUAAUAAUUUAAAACAUUCAACACAUAAUUAGCAUCAACAAUAAGCUUUUUAAAAAAACAGAUUAAAAACUCAUGUCAACAUUCUACAUGUUUGGAUAGUGUCAGGGAACUGCCAUCGGACGGAAGGGAGGUGAAAGGGCUCACACAGGUUGGGAGAGACGCAGCAGCUGAAGAGGGAACCAGCAGGGAGGUGAAAGGGCUCACACAGGUUGGGAGAGACGCAGCAGCUGAAGAGGGAACCAGCAGGGAGGUGAAAGGGCUCACACAGGUUGGGAGAGACGCAGCAGCUGAAGAGGGAACCAGCAGGGGAGAGGAGCUGAGCUGGAGGGAUGGCUCAGAGACACUUCCAGCGAAAACAGUGGGGAGGUUUCAGGACCUCCUGUAAGAACACCCACUCCUCGCCGGAAACUGUCACGCAGAGAUUCCAGAAGACGUGUUUCCGUUAAGGAGCUUUUAUGUUGGAAGCGAUUACGAAGCAACCACUGUCGGAAUCUGCUAGUGACUAGAGUAGCCAUGUCUGAGGGGCUCCGUCACAGACAGAGGUUUGUGGACUUGAACAAACUCUGAGGGGAUACGGUUUUACGCACAAGCAGCUCAUCAUCCCAUCACAGCAUUCCGACAGUCUUUGAAAGCAGCUUGUGCAGGAGAAGGCAUCAUGAGCAACCCAGCCGGAACCGGAGAAGCAGGAGCUGGAGCGGGUCCAAGCCUGGAAGAAAGGUACCGGGUGUUGGAGGUCCAGCUAGCGAUGCAGACGGCGAGGCUUGAGGAGAGGAGGGCUCAGGAUGCAGACAAAAGGGAAAGCCACCCAGCUCGCCAGAAAGGUACCAGGAUUGGUGCAGAAGUUUGGGGGGGAGCCCAAAAACUAUCAUGGCUUUCGGACAGAAAUGCAAUAUGCCCUCAAUCUGCAGUUUGAUGAAUUCCCUGACGAGGAAUCACGAGUGGCUUUCGUGAUUGAGCAUCUUGAAAAGGGGGCGAGAGACUGGGUUAGACCCCUGAUGGCAGCGAAUAGUGACGUCUUAAAGGACACGAUGAAGUUCUUUCGCGCCAUGGAUCUGAUGUUUUCCAGCGAUAUUGAAAGACAGUUAAUGGGUUGCAAACAGGGGAGCCGAUCUGUCCGUGAGUACUGGACUGAGUUCACCAUGCUUGUUCACAGAUUGGGGUGGGACUUAUCGGCGGAACCCAUUCAAAUGCUCUUUGAAGAAGGGCUUUCUUCGGCUGUGAAAGACGAACUUUCCCGGGCGCCCAGGGCGGAGUCUAUGGACCAGCUGACCAAAUCAGCGCUGGCCAUAGGAGCGCGCCAGGAGGCGAGAGCAUUGGAGAGGCGGGAAGGGAAAGGGGAACGUUGGAAGGAGUUCCGCAUUCCAGACAUUCCAGAGCCAACUUUCCCACCGGCAGAGCCGAUGGAAAUCGGAACAGCGCGCGCGCAGUUUCAAAGCCCAGUGAGGGGGCAAAGAAGGAGGGAAAAGGCGCCCGGAAAUGCUAUCUCUGCCAACAGCCAGGUCACUUUGCCAGAGUCUGCCCCCAGAGGAAAGAAUGGCAAGGGAUGGUAGGAGCUGUGGAUGGAAGAGAGGAAGAAAUACCGGAGCAAGUAAAGCCAACGCCUGGCUGCCACUGUCAGGGCACAGCAGCCAGGCCAAAGAGCAGUGAGAGUGCCCACGCCAGAACCUCCUAAACCCGCCCUAGUGAUAGAAGUGACGCUAGAGCUGCCAAACGGACACCCUCUAAAGAUAAAGGCGCUGUUGGACUCAGGCAGCUCCUGCAAUUUCAUGAGCAAAGAGUUUGCAGCUGAACACCAGAUACAGACAAUCCCUUUAAGCAGCCCCCUGCAGGUGACCACGAUCGAUGGCAGGGAGCUGUUGGGUGGAGAAGUCAGCUUGCAGACCGUCCCAAUGAUAAUGAAGGUAGCAAGGCACACCGAACUGAUAGCUUUUAAUGUGGCCACCUUGGGAGGAGCUCCCAUUAUAUUGGGGAUGAGCUGGCUAGCGUUACAUGAUCCGCUGGUGGGCUGGCAUCAGAGAGUGGUUUCUUUUGGUUCAGCACAUUGCUUAGAACACUGCAAAGAGGGAAAGGGUUUGGCAGGGGUCCAAGCCACCCUAGCAGGGACUGAAGUAACAGAGAACGUGAAGGUACCACGACAAUAUGCAGAUCUCCGUGACGUCUUCAGCGAAAGGGAAGCUGACCAACUACCCCGCAUAGACCCUUUGACUGUCAAAUCAACUUACUCCCUGGAGCACAGCUCCCUGUAGGCAAGCUGUACGCCAUGUCAGACAGAGAGAUGCAGGAGUUAAGAGAGUUCAUUGACAAGAACCUGAAGAGAGGGUUCAUCAGAGAGUCCAGGGCGGUGGGGGCAGCCCAGUGUUUUUGUGGAUAAGAAAAACACGAACAAGCCGAGGCUGGUGUGUGACUUCAGGGCCUUAAAUGCAGUGUCAGAACCAGUAGCCUUCCCUAUGCCCAGGAUUGACGACAUUUUGACAAGGGUGCGGAAGGGAAAGAUUUUCACAAAGCUGGACCUAAGGGGGGCGUACAACCUGGUACGAAUAAGGAAGGGGGAUGAAUGGAAAACCACUAUGUUCACCCCUUUAGGGGCAUUUGAAUAUUUGGUUAUGCCCUUCGGCCUACAAGCAGGCUCCGCAACAUUUCAAUCGUUUAUGAACCACGUCCUGGGGCCUUUGCUUUACAAGAAUUGUGUGGCCUUUUAGACGACGUGUUGGUGUAUUCUGAGAAUGAGGAGCAGCAUGUGAGAGACGUCAGAGAAGUGUUGAGCAGGCUGCAAGCCAACCAGCUGUGGGUGAAACUGGAGAAGUGUCAGUUUCAUACCAAGGAGGUGGAAUUCCUGGGGUAUCGCCUGUCAGACAAGGGAUUGGCCAUGGAUCCCGGCAAGGUCCAGGCGGUGCUGGAAUGGAAAACACCCAAAACAAAGAAGGAUGUGCAGAGGUUCCUAGGAUUUGGGAACUUCUAUCGUAAGUUCAUCCGAAACUUUGCCCACCUGACGGCGCCCAUUACGGACUGUCUCAGCAGUAAGAAGAAGUUCGUGUGGACUGAGGAGGCGGAGCGAGCAUUUGAGGAACUAAAAGGGCCUUCGCCUCGGAACAACAACUCCUGCAUGUGGAUUUACAAAAACCGAUGAGAGUGGAAACUGACGCAUCAGACAGAGCGAUUGGGGCGGUGCUUCUGCAGCCAGGGAAGAAGGGGUCAGAGUGGAGACCGUGUGCCUUUUUUCGCGAAAGCUGAACAAAUCCGAGAGGAACUACACGGUGUAUGACCGAGAACUACUAGCCAUUCAUGAGGCGUUCCGGAGAUGGAGGCACCUGCUAAUUGGCGCACAACAUAAGGUGCAAGUGUGCACUGACCACAAGAACCUAGAGUAUUGGAGGACGGCACGAGUGCUCAACCAACGGCAAGUGAGAUGGGCCCAGGAGUUCUCCAAAUUUAACUUUGAGAUUAGUUACGUGCCAGGCCCAGAGAACAUUAGGGCGGACGCUCUCUCACGCAAACCUGAAUAUUUGGAGGGGAGGGGCACCCGAAGAGAGACAUGUCAUUCCAGAGGACCGCUGGGUGUGUGGGCGGCAUUGGUGGGACAAAGAGAACUGGUAGAGGAAACAGAGAAUGAUGAAUACGCCCAGAAUAAGCUCAGAGGUCUUAGGGGUGAGGGAGAGGAACCAGGGGGUUUCGAGGAAAGAAAUGGAGCUUUGUAUUACAAAGGGGCACUGUAUAUCCCUGAAGGAGAGUUAAGGGGAAGGGUACUCAAGCAGUUGCACGACAGCCCUACGGCGGGGCAUUUUGGACAACACAAAACCAUGUGGUUGGUCACCAGGGAAUUUUGGUGGCCCAAGGUGAGGGAAGAUGUACGUGAGUAUGUAAGAGGGUGCGAGCAAUGCCAGCGAGCCAAAGGGGAAAGGCGGGCGCCGGCGGGGCUAUUAGAACCCUUACCAACCCCAGAACGACCUUGGGAGGCAGUGUCGAUAGAUUUUAUGACUGAUCUGCCGAAGUCCAAAGGGAAAACAGCCAUCAUGGUGGUGGUAGACCUACUAACAAAGAUGUGCCACUUUGUAGCUUGCUCGCAUGCAGUCACGGCGGAAGAGACAGCGAAGUUAUUUGUAGAAAACAUUUUUAGGUUGCACGGGGUGCCAUUGAGGGUGGUCUCAGACCGAGGAAAACAAUUUACUUCCAGGUUCUGGAGGAAGCUCAUGAGCUUACUGCAGGUGGAGGUCAAUUUUUCGACUGCCCGGCACCCCGAAACCAACGGGCAGGCGGAAAGAGCAACCGGUGUCCUCCAGCAAUACCUGAGGUGUUAUGUCAAUGACAGAGAGAAUGACUGGGUAGAAAAGUUGGCGCUGGCGGAAUUUGCCUACAACAAUGCCGAGAAUGUGUCCACAGGGAUGAGCCCCUUCUUGGCUAAUUAUGGGUGUCAUCCCAGGGCUUUCCCAGGGGGAGAUGGGGAGAGAUGGAGCGUCCCGGCAGCCGAGCAUUUUGUGGAAGAAAUGGAAGCAAUCCAUCGUCAGCUCCAACUCAACUUAGAAAGGGCGAAGGAAGAAUACAAGAGGCAGGCAGACAAGAACCGAAGGGAAGGUGAAACCAUAAGGGUAGGAGAUAGGGUGUGGCUGUCAACCCAAGGGUUGCCGUUCAAAGGAGGUUGUAAGAAAUUAAGACCCAGGAGGUUGGGUCCCUUUGAGGUCAUUCAACAGGUCAACCCAGUGGCUUUCAGGCUCCGGUUACCCAACCACAUGAAACUGCACCCAGUAUUUCACAGGUCGUUACUGUCACCGUACGAAGGGGGACGAGAAGGGCUGGCCACUCGGGGACCGGUCGUAGAAGAAAGAGAAUGCAGCAGCCAUGUGGCAGAAAUCCUCGACGCUAGGUGGAAGGGGGAUCAGGUGGAGUAUUUGGUAGCGUGGGAAGGAGAACCGGAGUCAGAAAACACUUGGGUAAUGGCUGAAGAUAUCAAUGACGAGGUAUUGAUAGAAACGUUCCAUCAAAGGUUCCCAAGGAAACCUCAGCCUGUGGAGAGGUUCCGGAGGGAAUACUUUGGGACCACUGAUGAAGGGGAGGAGUUGGAAGGAUUCCCGGACUCGGAAGGGGAAGGGGAGAUGGACUCUGAGGAGGAGGUGUACUUCGAGACCAGGAACCGCAACAGGUUGAGAGAAGUGUUCGAGACAUCGGAAGAUGAAGGAAGUUCAUUCCGGGUUUUGCCUCCUCACCGCCCGUAGAGGAGGGGGCGAGAGGGGGUGAAGGGGGCCCUGGAGGGGAGGUGGAUGUCAGGGAACUGCCAUCGGACGGAAGGGAGGUGAAAGGGCUCACACAGGUUGGGAGAGACGCAGCAGCUGAAGAGGGAACCAGCAGGGAGGUGAAAGGGCUCACACAGGUUGGGAGAGACGCAGCAGCUGAAGAGGGAACCAGCAGGGAGGUGAAAGGGCUCACACAGGUUGGGAGAGACGCAGCAGCUGAAGAGGGAACCAGCAGGGGAGAGGAGCUGAGCUGGAGGGAUGGCUCAGAGACACUUCCAGCGAAAACAGUGGGGAGGUUUCAGGACCUCCUGUAAGAACACCCACUCCUCGCCGGAAACUGUCACGCAGAGAUUCCAGAAGACGUGUUUCCGUUAAGGAGCUUUUAUGUUGGAAGCGAUUACGAAAGCAACCACUGUCGGAAUCUGCUAGUGACUAGAGUAGCCAUGUCUGAGGGGCUCCGUCACAGACAGAGGUUUGUGGACUUGAACAAACUCUGAGGGGAUACGAUUUUACGCACAAGCAGCUCAUCAUCCCAUCACAGAUAGGUUUGCCUAAAUAAACAUUUGUUUUAGCAAGUGCCAAAAAGAGAAUAGUGAAGGCAUCUGCCUGAUGCCCAUAGGCAGGGAGUUCCAAAGUUCUCAAAGAUCAGUUUCUUACAAAUGUGGAACAAGUAUUACAUGACACUUGUAACAGUGCUAAUUCUGCAGAUCGAAGCAGUCAGUUGGGCCUGUAUGGGUAAGGCAAUCUCGCAGGUAAACUGCUCCCUAGCUAUUGUCUUCCUGCCUGCCUCUUGAGAUCCGUAGACCAGAGUCAAAGCUCACACCAAGGAACUGGGAAUCCGCAGUACAAAGUGACAUUAUUCUUGCUGUCUGGCAAAAUAAUAAUAAUAAUAAUAAUAAUAAUAAUAGGCUACCACUGGGCUCACUGAGGUAACGUAUAUGCAACCCGGCAAAAGGAAUGCAAUGCCAUUUCAAUUAGUUAGUUGUCACAUUUCAUGUUAGAUAAGCAGGUUUGGCUAGGCGGCUUUGAUUUUUAUGGGGCAGUGUUCACUUUACAUGGCAGACAUAUGUGCUGCUAGUCGAUUACAUUUUCUCUGCUUAUUAUUUGAAAGGGAGAAUGACAUCCCUAAUUGCACUGGAGCAAAUAUUGUUUUGUUGUUGUUUUUAAGAAGAGUGCUGCAAAACCUGUUGGAAGAACUGCCGGUUUCCAAAAGCAAUGUUGAUUUAUUUUUGUAUAUAUAUUUUUGCUACAACCACGAGGACAAGAAACAUACUCUUUAAAAAGCACAAAUGCCCUGCAGUGUAUCGAGAGUAUGGGCUCAUUGCAAAGCCAAAACUGCUGCAUUUACCCCUGUGCUAAAUGGAAAUUGCGUGUAGUAGAUUGACAGUCAUAUGACCCAACCGCAAGAGGCCCGAUCACACCCUUCUCCCCCUCUUAGUUUAUGAAUGCCAAACUAGGCCUGAGAUGAGCUAUAGAGCUGCCAUACGUCCAGAUUUUCUCAGACAUUACUGGGAUUUCAAAGGCGGAAUUGACAUCUGGGGGCAAUUUUGGAAAGGCAGCACUUUGUCCUGGAUCUUAGGCAAGUCAGUUGAAAAAUCACGGGGGGGUUUUGGACAAUUUUGGGGUGUCCUGGUUUUUACUUUUUGAAAUAUGGCAAUCCUAGAUGAGCAGAUCUUGAAAUCACGUAGAAAAUAGAGACAGGAGAUAUUUGGCUUAAGGGGCAGAAGUGCAGACCCUCUCCCCAAGCACUUUCCUCCCAGCUUGGGAAUAGGUUCUGGAAGUGGGCUUAACUGAGAGAAAAAACACUUUGAGGAAGGGGGCGGGGAGAAUGUAAGUCAUGGGUCUUAAAUCAGAACAGUUCCACAGUGUCCACAUCUGUGUGAUUGUGGCAGACCAUGGCUUAAACCCCUGAGAUCAGCUGCCAUUGUGGUGGUGGGGGGGAGAGUUUCACUGUAGGUGCCCACACAAUCUGUUGCAGCUACCCCCAAUCUGAUGCCUUCCAGUUGUUGUUGUUUUUUUGGGGGGGCUACAGCUCCCAUCUAGACAGCAUCUUUAAAAACCUAGGCAGCAUAUUAAAAAGCCGAGACAUCACAUUGCCGACAAAGGUCCGUAUAGUUAAAGCUAUGGUUUUCCCAGUAGUGAUGUAUGGAAAUGAGAGCUGGACCAUAAAGAAGGUUGAUUGCCAAAGAAUUGAUGCUUUUGAAUUAUGGUGCUGGAGGAGACUCUUGAGAGUCCCAUGGACUGCAAGAAGAUCAAACCUAUCCAUUCUUAAGGAAGCCAGCCCUGAGUGCUCACUGGAAGAUCCUGAAGCUGAGGCUCCAGUACUUUGGCCACCUCAUAAGAAGAGAAGACUCCCUGGAAAAGACCCUGAUGUUGGGAAAGAUGGAGGGCACAAGGAGAAGGGGACGACAGAGGACGAGAUGGUUGGACAGUGUUCCCAAAGCUACCAGCACGAGUUUGACUAAACUGCGGGAGGCAGUGGAAGACAGGAGUGCCUGGCGUGCUCUGGUCCAUGGGGUCACGAAGAGUCGGACACGACUAAACGACUAAACAACAACAAGAACAGCUCCCAUCAGCAGCACUGGCUGCAGCUGAUGGGAGUUGUAGUCCGAAACAUCUGGGGAUCUCCAGGUUGGGGACGGCUGGUCUGCCCCACACCACCACACUUUCUUCCUCCCUACCCGCAACUUGGCAAGAAGCUCAGUCGUCCUGUAGCUGAGCCAGAAAACCCCGUCUCCUGAUGUUUCAGCUGUCCCUGGCAGAAUCCUAGACAUCUUAUUCCUAGCUUGGCCCAUCACUGCCUUCACUUCCUAGUUUUUAUGCUCUGCCGCAAGUGUUGCAAGAAGUCUAGAAACCAUGUUUAUUUCAUGUUCAGCAGCCACAGUGAGAUUUGGAAAGAGGCUGGGAGGAGGCAGGAAGCAGGAGUGUCUUCGGCUCCUUUCUCCUCCUUGGUCGCAAAUGUCCCGUUGCCUCCCAAAAGCUCUUUGCUUCCCAAACGUUAAUCUGCAAAGACAAAAACCCCAAAAUCUAGCAGCCGUUUGGGAUCGGUCUGGAAAACAGUCGCCGUUUGCAAACUUGAGUCAGUUUGUCAGUCACUUUUGCAACCUGCUUUCGAAAGCAACAAUAGUAUAUUUGUUUCCAAAUGGUCAUUGCCUUGACCCAGCCUGUGGGGAGCAUAGGGAGAAUUUGGACUUAGAAUCAAACCAAAAUAAAUAAAACCACAGCAGCUUUAUUGGCAUCAAAAAAUGUCGUGAGAGCAGCAAAUGUUGGCAAUUGUUAGAAUCAGUGGUGGGUAGUUCUGGAGCACAGUAUCUUAGUCCUUCAGUAUUUGGAGCAGGAGGAAACAGCAGCUGAGUAUCCUUCUCAAAGGUAGUUGUCAUCCACCUCCCCACAGUUACUAGAAGGGAACGCUGUGGACUCUCCCAGCUUUCUUAGGGAACAACGAACAGGAACAACACUAGCUUAGAUCACAGGAAAGUCUCUCUGCCGGCCCUGAGUUUAACCUUGCAGGCAAUCAGAAUACAUUCCCAAGCUUACCUGUGUAUCUGAGCUUUCAAGUUGUACUUUACAAAACUGGUAACAUUAAUUGUCGGCCUCAUUUGAUGAUAUGCUGGUGUAUAUCGGAAUGUUUUCACAAGGACCCCUGAGAAGAGGUUGCAAUAUGUGUCUGCGUGCAGAUGUUCCUUGCACGAUUUUUGUCACUGAGGGCCCAACCUUCCUCAUUAAUUAGGAUAGGCAUAGGCAAACUGCGGCCCUCCAGAUGUUUGGGACUAUAAUUCCCAUCAUCCCUAGCUAACAGGACCAGUGGUCAGGGAAUUGUAGUCCCAAACAUCUGGAGGGCCGGAGUUUGCCUAUGCCUGAAUUAGGACGAAAGGGCAUUGCAACAGCCCCUCCCAAAUGCAGGUCUUUGACCCUUGCCUAUAGAAGCGUGUGCGGAGGUUUCUUAGAUCGGGAUGUGGACUGGACCUGGCAUAGCAUAGUGGCUAAGAGACUGAGCUAGAAGCUCGUGGCUUGACCCUCGUUCCUGCUAUGAAGUCACUGUGUGUGGCUGCGACUCGCUCAGCAUCUCUCCCCCCCCCCCUGGCCACCUCUACAAAAUGGAGAUGAUAUAACACUAGCCUGACUGACUGAAUUGUUGCAAGGGUUAAAGCAUUACAGGCAACGACCGUUUUAUGUGGGGCGUGCGUUCCGAGGCACCGCACGUUUAGGAUAAAUUGCGUAUAUUGGGAACACCAUUGAAAAAGCUUGCAGGCACCUGAGUCUAAACCUCUGGAAACCCUUGGGAAAAGCCAGCAGCACUUUCCAGAUUAGCAGGAAUGAUGGCAGUGCCUCUCGGUCUUCCUCAUAACUGGAGGAUGAUGUGGAAACAAGAAGAAGGGAGGGUAGACCAGUACCCUGAAGUGCACUGAGCACCUGCCUGCCCUGCAGAUUGCUAGGCACCGUUUUUGUGCCCUUUAUGCCCUUUCGGUGCUCCCUUCGGGCCGUUUUCACCCUUUUUCUAUUCAAUUCUGGGUUUGUGGCGAAGCGUGCGUGGUCGUGCACAUAUUGAACGUGUGUAAAAUGUUAAGUGAAAUACUUUUAACAUUUGAAAGCACUUUGGCGAGUUGUUAUUAAACCUGCUGCCCGCCUUUGGUGACUCCAGUUGUUAAGAAUUAAGCUUGUUCCAGUCUGCAUGGCUCCAGCCCCUUAGCCCCUAUGUAGCCCCUUUCCUGUUCUGUUCCUUGGCCAUUCUAAGGGUGUUCCACUGGUGGGUGUCGGCCGGAGGCACAGUGGGCAGGGCAAAAGGUGUGAUACCUUGUCCAGUGGUCUGGGGUGAGUAAAAGGUAGACUCAUAGAAUGGAAUCAUAGAAUUGUAGAGUUGGAAAGGACCACAAGGGUCAUCUAGUCCAAUCCCCUGCAAUGCAGGAAUCUUUUUGUCCAGCAUGGUAGAUUGGGAUCUACUGGUAGAUCUUGGGGUGAUGUGAAGUAGAUUGUGGAAAAGGCACCUAACCCUCGCAGUGGUUUAGCAACACCAAUAGAGAAAGGCCCGACCCUCGCCUCUAAAUUCAAUGGCUGGAACAAAGCAAAACAAAAUCAGAAGUGGAUUUGUGUGUGCGGAAGGCCUGCAAGAUUAAUUCUAAAAUAAAUUCUUGGAAUGAACAUGUAUGUGCUCAGUGUUGGGAGAUGGGGGGAAACUUGGUUCCAUUCUACUUUGCAGUUGUAGGAAUGAUAAAUGGACAGAGGCAUAGCUCUCCUUUGCAAUUUUUGCUUUUUCUUUCCCCCCCUUUUUAAUUUGUUUAUUCAAAAUUAAAACAAAACAUAGAGGAAACAGCAUGCGAAACUCUGUGUAUUCCGAGGAAUGUGCACUGAAAUGGUGACACUUUGCGGGCAGGGGAGGCAUUUAGAAAACAAAUUUGUGCAUUGAUGUGCAAAUGUGUUGAAUAUUGGGGAAAAUGAGAAUCUGAAGGAGACCAAAAAUGGCAGAUUCAUCCAUCCCUACCUGAGAGGCACCCUGCCCCCUGUAAAUCUAAGUGUAUAGAAGCCCCUCCCCAUUCCAUCAUUUUUUAUUUAGCUCUGUUUGGUGGAUGCCAUGGUUAGAGUAAAGAAAACGGACCAUGUAGAUCUGACAAGCCUGAGGUCUCUCCUUCAGGAGGCUACAUUCCAGCCAUGCAAAAAACAAUAAGAAGUUUCUAUCCACUCAAACAUGCACACACCUCCUUCCUCUGUCCAGGCAAGCAAGAGAGAUUGGUUCUCAAGGACACAUUCCAGAGAAGCAAACACUCUUGAGAAGGCUGUGAAGUUGGCCUGGGAAGAGGCCUGAGGUUCAGAAUACGCUCCUUCUGGCCCUGAGGUUCGGCUGCCCUAGAACGUUCAGAACUAGCUCUUACACAGAAAUAAUUUGUUUUUGUUUUUUUCCUUUUCAUUGCAAGCCACCACAACUUUAAAAUACUAGUAAUCAGACAGGCUUAGAGAUUAUUCAUUAUUGCUACUAUUUUUAUUGUUGCUAUUACUUUUUAAGGCGGGAAUAGUGAAGCAUUUCACUACUGAGCGAUAAACGAUGGAAGCGAAUUUACCUUUUUGUUGAUAAAGGCCAACAGCAACGCACACUUUAUGGCUCUGCGAAUGAGUGAAAACAGUCCCGAGGGCCAUUACAUAACAGUUCUGCUUCUUGCACCCCAGGAUUCUGCCGUGCUGGGGGUGGGGUAGGGGUUCAAAGUACCAUUCCCCCUGCAGGCUCCCUGCUCACCCAGCAGAUUCGCUGCCUUCAGGGGUUUAAGGCCAGCAGCGUAGUUUCUCUCUCCUGGAACUUGGCUGCUUCCCACCCCCUGGUGCUUCCCCAUCUAUGAGCAUCCUGCCCCAUGUCCUCGGGUAACCCUGGGUCCCAGCCUUGCUCUUAGCAGCCCAUUGCAGGAGGGUCUAAUCCCCCAAUGGGGGGAGGUCACUUGAGGACACAGCCGGGGCCUCCCUGCCUUUCUUUUCUCCUUUCUCCUUCCCCAUUCUUUCCCCCUUCUGGGGAGGCCGGCGGGGACCUCUCAGCCGCUGUUGUUUCCAUGCUGCCUUUGAUGUUACAGCGCUGGCAACUUGCCAGAGAGAAGCUGCAGGUUUCCUUACAAGAGUGCUGCGCAUGCAGACUGGCGGGGUUUUGCGCGGGGGGGGGGGGUGGCCUGGCUAGAGGCGGUGGUGGCAGCAGCGGCGGCGGCCAGAGACAAGGGGAAACGAAAUAUGUGCAAGGAAGAAGUGAGCCAUAUGCAGGGAAUAGGAGGGGCAUCACCGCUUCUUAACCUCUUUUUAACCUCUGCGUGGAGUAAAGGAGGCAAGAUUCCAGGCAGUGGAAGAUAACACAUGUGUGGCUUGGGAAAACUGAGGCAGCAUUUCUGCCCCCCACCCCCCGUUUAUGUUUUCGCCACUUCCUCGCUUCGAUCACCUCUCUGUCCAUCUCCCCUUUUGUGACACAGUUUCUGCCAUCCCUCCAAUGCCCACCCUUACCUCCUUUUAUCACGUUUCUGUCCCUCUCGAGGAAGGAAGUCAGCGUGCUACAAUGGAACCUCGCUUGCCGAACGUAAACCGUUUUGGAAGACUGUUCGACGACCGAAAACGUUAAGACAACUAAGGCGCAAUUGCCCAUUGGCAAAAUCCAUUGAAAAAAAUGGAGAAAUGCGCCUCACAGCUUCGAAAACGGAAGCAUUCACUUGUCAGCGUUCGGGUUCCAAAUUGUUUGGCUUUCAAAGCGUUCGACAACUGAGGUUCCACUGUAAUUGCUAUGCAGUGGUACCUCAGGUUACAUAUGCUUCAGGUAACAUACGCUUCAGGUUACAGACUCCGCUAACACAGAAAUAGUACCUCAGGUUAAGAACUUUGCUUCAGGAUGAGAACAGAAAUUGUGCUCCGGCGGUGCGGUGGCAGCGGGAGGCCCCAUUAGCUAAAGUGGUGCUUCAGGUUAAGAACAUUUUCUGGUUAAGAACGGACCUCCGGAACGAAUUAAGUACUUAACCCGAGGUACCACUGUAUUGAGGUGUUUGAGGGCACGGCUAUUCCUGGCUGCCUUGGAACCCCAGGGCUGGGGCUGGCGGCUGGUUCCAAGUGCCCCAUGUUGCUUCAGAUUCGCUCUGCACACGCUCAGAGGCGUUAUUUCACUCCCAGUGCUGAAAGCAGGCUCCGGAGUCAAACACUGGAACUGCCAGGUUUUGAGCCGAGAAGAUUAGCUCCAAGAAGGGUGAGGUUUUUCUGGUUGGAGCACCAGACACCCACCCCCCCAAUCCGCUCCCCACUGCCGCUCCCUUGAACUGAGGCACCUUCCCAGAGUGGGUGGGGAAGGCAGAGAAAAUGUCCAUGUUUGCCUGACUUUUGUUUAAAUAUAUACCGAGUGGUGGUGUUCCUCACCCUGCACUUUUUUGAAAAGGGGAGAAAAGAAAAGGAGAAAAUGUCUGGAGAUGCAAACCGGUUGGGGCCACUUGAAACCAGUUUGGCAGCUCUCCUUCCCACCCCCCACCCCAGUCCUCCCAGCCCAGUUCCCUCUAGCCUUAGAGGGUGUGGGUGUGUUUUCGAACUGCCAAUCUAUAAAUGCGGAACAGGAGCUGUAGCACAACCUGGUGUUGGAGGUUCUGCUGCUGUUGGUAGACGUAGGCCUAAAUAUUUUCCUCCCCUGUAGCAUGCAAGCAGACGGGCUGCUUCUGGAAUUGGUUGCUAGAUGAGGCAGUGACUCUUACUGUAGGUCCCCCCCCCUUUUCUCUCCCACCUUCCUUCAACGUGUCAUACACUGUUCUUCUGUUUUAUCUUCACAACAACCCUGUGAGGUAGAGUAUGCUGAGAAACCGUGGCUGGCCCAACAACGUCACUCAGAAAGCUUCGUGGCUAUGUGGAGAUCUGAACCUGGAUCUCCCCAGGCCAACCGCAUGCUGUCUAGCCCAGGAACAGGGAACUCAUGGCUCUCCAGAUGUUCCUGGACUACAGCUCCCAUCUUUCCUCACCCAUUGACCAUUCUGGCUGGGCCUGGUGGGAGUUGGAGACCGUCAGCAUAUUGAAGGCUGCAGGUUCUCCAUCCUUGCCGUCAUCGCUACAUCGCACUGGUGGUUGUUCAUUUGACCCUCUGUGCUUCAAGGCAGGUUACCUCUGAAUACCAGAUACUGAGGAUAGAAAACAAGGGACAUCUGCUAUGUCCAUCAUGAGCUUCGCAAGAACUGUGUGGGCGCAGUCCCAGAUUGACGUUCCAAUCAGUUCACAUGGCUGAGCUAGAAGGCCUGUAUUCAGAUUCCGGCUCGGUCCUAGAGUCCUUGCCAUGGCAGCCUUGAGCGGAUCUUUGCGUCUCAGCAUCAGAGAAGAAUAAGCUGGUGUGAUUUCCUCCUCCAACCCCACAACCACCAAUAAUAACGUUACAAGAAUUAGAGAAACCUUCCUGUUAAGCCACCAGCCUCCAUGGUAAAAGGCUGCCCUGGUUUGCCACUUACCACUCCCUCUGGGCUUACGGUAUAUGUCACAAAUGGAGAGCAGGUAUACUUAGAAAGUUAGUCAAUGGGGAAGCAGCUCUGGGCUCAAGCAAGUGAGCCAAGCUGCAUGCUAGGGCUAAGGAAGCAUCUCACCGUUUCAGCUUGGUGAAUAUUCGUAGAGCAACAUACGAGGACGAUCCGUUGUAUCCUGUCUUUUAGCAAAAGAAAUCUGACAAGUCUUCCAGUGCGAAAAAUUCCCCGCUUUCUCCCACUGUUUCCUUCUCUAACUUCGUCUAAUAAUAAUAAUAAUAAUAAUAAUAAUAAUCCAUAGCAUUUAUAUUGUGCUUUAGGGCAUCUGUGUACGUUAUCUCAGUAACCCUUACAGCAACACUUUAAGGUGGGUUGCUGCUGCUGCUGCUGCUGCUGUUGUGGUUGUUCCUAAACUGCAGAACAUUGUCUGAUGAUGAGAAAUAGUGGCUUGCUUUGUGACAACAUCUGAGUUCAUAGCAGAGGCAAAAUUUGAAUCGGAGACUUCCUGGUUCACAGCUUGCACUCUUUAUCAGCCACAAGGGAUGUAAGAAGGCAGCAAUUGGUAACAACCAGCGCUGUUUUCCAUUCUGCUGCACUUCAGUUUCUGCCAAGAGCUAUGUUAUUUGUCUCGCUGUCUGCUAUUUAACGUAACUUAUAUAACUGACACAACUAUUUACAUAACUUCUACAACUUACCGUAUUUUUCGCACCAUAGGACGCACCGGACAAUAGGACGCACUUUGUUUUAGAGGGGGGAGAACAAGAAAUUUUUUCCCCCUCUCUGCCCAGUGCCCCUUCAGUGAAGCAGCAGGAGGCGCUGCACAGAGAGGGGGAGAACUUUCCCCCUCUUGUUUUCCCGCUCUAAAACAAGGUGCCGUUUAAGGUGCGUUCAGGCGGCUACCUUGGAAGCCUGGAGAGCGAGAGGGUCGGUGUGCACUGACCCUCUCGCUCUCCAGGCUUCAGGUUCCUUCGACCUGCUCUUUGGGGCUGGCGGGGGGAAGCCCACCACCAGCCCCAAAGAGCAGGUCAGGGAGCAGCGGAAAGGCGCAGCGGAGAGGCUCCUGCCAUAGCCGCGCGUCACCUCUCCAGCUGGGAGAGGGUCGCGGGGCUAUGGCUUCUUGUGCCCCACGCGCGCUCUCCCGGCUGCGGAGGUGACGCGCGGCUAUAGAGGCUCCUGCCAUAGCUGCGUGUCACCUCUCCAGCUGGGAGAGGGUCGCGGGGCUAUGGCUUCUUUAGCCCCGCGCGCGCUCUCCCGGCUGCAGAGGUGACGCGGGGCUGUAGAGGUUCCUGCCAUAGCCGCGCGUCACCUCUCCAGCCGGGAGAGGGUCGCGGGGCUAUGGCAUCUUCGCUCCAUAGGACGCACACACAUUUCCCCUUCAUUUUUGAAGGGGAAAAAGUGCGUCCUAUAGAGCGAAAAAUACGGUAUAUUUAUUUCAGUGUAAAGGACACAUCAAAACAAUGUAGAAAAAAGUGCCAUUGAUUACGUAUCAUUUGCAGACUUAAAAACAAACAACAAUGCGAACAAAUUGUGAUAGCGCUCGCUUGACUGAUUUCCAUUCCUGACCACAGGCGAACACACGAAAGUUCCGCUUUCUUUUCCAUUUUUGUUGCAAUUUUCUGACACCCCCAGCAGCUACUCUACAAUUAACUCUAAAGAGUAGCAUACAAGAAAUGUGAUGCACAGACUCAAGUACCACAACCAGCAAUUCUCUGUCUUCAGUCUUCAAAAAGGAUUGUAGGGCCAAUUCUGGGGUGAUGUCUAUUACUUGCUUAGUUAUUUUACAUAUUUCUUGUAUGGCUGUUGUCCAGAAUAGUUGGAUUUUGGGACACUCCCACCACAUGUGGAGGUAUGUGCCUGUGGAGGUGCACCCUCUCCAGCAGACAACAAUGCCCAUUUACACCACAAAGAACUCAUAACCCACCUGCUCUCAGCAGCCAGAAACACCAUAACCAGACACUGGAGAGACCUGUCAGGAGUAAGCAUGGACCAAUGGUACCAAAUAGUAUGGGAAACAGCCCUACUAGAAAAAUUAACUAAUAAACUGAAACUGACACGGGGGACAAACAGAAGAAGACGCCUUCACCCCGGUAUGGCUCCCAUUUAUCACAUACACAGCCCAACAGGACAAUGACAAUAAUCCACCAACAGCAUACAAAUCAAUAUGGCUAACCUGAUCCAAAACACCCACCCACCUCACUCACACACGAAAACAAAGAUCACCACAGCCAAUCACAAGCAAACAAUCACACCCUAGGCCAACCCCAACCUCUCUCACCACCAAAGGAACACAAGUGAACAACACAAGCAACGCUGACACCAAACUCUACAUACAUUAAACAUAAUAGAAACACUGCCACCCGACCCCACCCCAUCCACCUUCCCUCCCUCCGCCCCCCUUACUUUUUUUCUUUUUUUUCUUCUCCCCCUAAUGCCUCAACAAAUGAAACGGAUUUGUAAAAAUGUUACAUGGGAAAAAAAAAAUACGAGGCACUACACUUCUGUAAAACAAGAAAAUCCUUAAUAAAAUAUUCAAAAAGGAUUGUAUUUCUAGCCUUCAUGGAAAACUCCAGCUCCAGUUCCAAUGAUGCAGAGGUGACAUGGAGGACAGCUGAUCUCUAUUAUUACUUUUUAUUGGGGUGGGGGGGAGAAUCCAUUAGUGGUCAAAUGUUAAUGAGGAAAAAGGCACUCUGCAUAUGCUCAAAGGCAGUGUCUGAAAAGCUUUGGUGCCUGUUUCUUCCCCAUGGCUGCUACUUCAAGCCCUAUAAUGUAGCAGUGCUCAAAACUUUUCCUUCUUCCGUUUGUCCUUCCCAGUACAGUGGUACCCCGGGUUUAGAACUUAAUUCGUUCCGGAGGUCCGUUCUUAACCUGAAACUGUUCUUAACCUGAAGCACCACUUUAGCUAAUGGGCCUCCAGCUGCCGCCACACCGCUGCGGUGCGAUUUCUGUUCUCAUCCUGAAGCAAAAUUCUUAACCCGAGGUACUAUUUCUGGGUUAGCGGAGUCUGUAACCUGAAGCGUCUGUAACCCGAGGUACCACUGUACUUGAGUCUUUACCAGAUUAUUCUGCAGUGGAGGUGCAGAAAAAACAACAACCCCCAAUUAAUCCUGCAUGGCUUGGAGCGAAAUAAUGAGGAACUUUGGGUGGGUGGUGGGUUAGAAUUUCCACAACCCAUACACUAAAGUAGGAUCGUGGUCGGGAUCUUUUUAUUAUUGUUAUUACUGCAUUGUGUUCCGAAGUUGAAAGAGAUAGGAAGAGCCUGCACAUUAAAAAAGUGAAUUUAAAAAAAAACAAACAGUUUCUCCCAUGUGUUGUUCUUGUUUUUUGUCUCCUCAGCGUUCAACCGCCACGUUUCGCCCCAGAAUGCUUGCUGCUCACCGACACUGA